AUGGACUCAAAGACUCUCUAUACACAGCUCGCUAUUUGUAUCCUGGUCUAUAUCUCUACAGCGUCUUCUCAAAGUAAGAAUAUCAAGUACACAAUACUUAAUCAUUCAGAUCCCUUGAACAUUGGAGUUACAAGUAAUAUGUAUUGUUGUCAUACAUACUGCAACAAAAUAAAAGAUACAUUGCUAUGAUAAUGGCAUUUUCUUUAAUUAAAAAAACUUGUAUUUUUUUCAUUUAUUUAAAAUAAUAAUAGAAUAAAUUAGAAUCGCAAUUAUUUUGACAGCUUUGUCUUUGUCUAACACUAUAAAAUAAUAUACAGUUACAGUAAUACAUUGGCCCCUAACGAAAGCCUCCAAACACCAUAACCACAUCAGCAUUCCAUAGUAAUUAUGGUACCAGGAGUGCCAUGGCGCUGUCCAAUUUAAGCAGUCAAACCAUUUCCUAAUGAAUUGACAAGUUAUCUGUUUUUCAGCAGGAACCAGUCAUCUCCUCCAUGAAAUCCAGAAGCUCUCUAUAUAGAGCUGAGCCUAGCUUUUCAGGGCUUAAAUCAUUGGCUAGGAGUGAUUAGCUAAUGACCUGCCCCUUCACAGCAGGGAGCUGUAGUGGUUAUGGCGCUUGGAAUGUUCCUUGAGCCUCUCUGUUGGAGAGAAGCUGGAUCAUCAUGCUGUUUCCAGUAGGCCCCCACUGGUUGUAACAAAUACAUAAUUUCUGUGAGAUGCCAUAGCAUUCUUGCCCACCCUCAAUGCACUAGAUAUUCCUCUGACCGGACAAAGUGUCUAUAAACAUUUCUUUUACAAAAUGUAUUUCUCUUUAUAAUAUUACUGUAGAAGAAUGGGUCACUGACCUAAAUGACCUAAUUAUACAGUUAAAAAAGACUAAAUCAUUAAUUUUCAUUUAAGAAUGGGACUUGGGACUUGUACCAUAAUCUGAACUGAGGUUGGUCCUUAGGGGCAGGUGAGGCAGUGCUAUUUAAAAUUCUUGUUACAAAAAAAAGGCUAAUAAAGGCUAAUGAAGUGAUGAGGUCUAAAAAAAAGUUGUGUCUGUCACGAUUAUGUCUGCAGUUCCCUUUUAUGAUGUCUGGAUGUCCUGCGGAGAAACAGGGCAAAUAGUCAUGCUAAGGUUUUGUGAGAUUUGUGAAAAAAUGCCAAUUUUCUGCGUGUAGAUCCCCCUUACAUUCUUUGUAAGAGGCAAUCAAGUCCUAGAAACCCUAAAUGACAGGUCUGCAUAUUAUCCUGUCUGCUAGGACUGUCAUUAAGUAUUAGCAACGGGUGUGAUUUGGACCUCUUUAAAUUGGAAGUUGUUUUGGUGACUAUAGUGUCCCUUUACGCUUAUGGCGUUUCAUUGGCUCAGGGUUUGAAUACAUGAAGUUAAAAGAUCAGUGACCCAUCUUUAAAUUUCACCUGCUGCCAAUGAACUUCAGUUUUUGGUAUAUUUGUGGACAUUUGCCAAAUUGUGGUUAUAACUUUUACCCACAGAUACAAUCCCAAUCUGUACUAAUCCCAUUACAUGAUUGUAAGUUAAAUGUGCCAUCCAAGCACCGUAACCACUACAGUUUAUUAUAAUGAUUAUGGUAAAUGAACGCUGUGGGUGCAAUCCGUCUAGAUGUUGUCAAACUUAUUUUAUUAACAACCUCAGCCCAUCAAUCCAACAAGAAGCUGUGAGCCCUGAUAGAUAGAAGGAUUUGUUGUUGCCAAGUCGAGUUUCACCCAUUCAGCACUGUCAUACUGCCAUUAGCCCAUAUCACACAGUUGAAAUGCCAUUACACAUUCAGAGUUACAAAUUGGCUGUGAAAGAUUUCGGUUCCUACAAAGCGACACAGAUAGGUUUUAUGUAUAAAGACAUUCUAGACCACAGUUAAUAUUCACAGAGUUUUGCUUUUGUUGUUUAUUUCUUUAUUUGUUUUGGUCAUAGAUUUCAUACAACUAUGCUUACAUAGGAGUUUAUUAACUAAACUGGAAAUGGUGGAGAAUUGACAAAUGGAAUGGGAAAAAAAAACUCCAACUCGGCUAUAUUUACAGUUAUUUUGUUCUAAAACUGGCCAGUCGCUUAUCAUAUCUUCACAUUUCUCAUUUUAGUGAAUAAAUCACAAAUCAUGUAUAUCCUACUUACAUAACAAAAAUUAGAUGUUUGCUCUCCCGUGUAUUACCGAUGUUUCUCCUUUUUCUUCUAUAAAUUCCAUUAGGAAAAAAAGUUAAUUAAAAAGUAAAAUGUGGGUGAUUAUUAUAAUUAUAGUAGCUGUGAUGCAAAUAUUUUUAUACUUUAAUUUGAAUGUGUUGAUGUAAAUUUUAAACCCUGUGUUUGUAUACAGAAUAGCAUAUGUUGUUUUUCUUAAAGAAUAGCAUACGUAGUCAUAAUUUCAAUGUAAUAAAAAGUAAAGCAUGCAUCAAUAUUUGCCCUUGUUUAGCUUUGUGAAGUUAUUCAAUAAACUGCGGGUUUCAAAUAUUUAGCCAAAGGCAUCUAAAUUUGAGAACUUGUCCAAGCCAGUUUAUGGCUGAUUUAAUAAACUUUCCAAAUGAUUGAAUACUGUUAGAGAAACUUUCCAAAUGAUUUAUCUCCCAAACUACCCAUAGACUUUAAAGGUGGCCUCGGUACGUAAAUCAUUAAAAAUAUUUUUCAAUGAGUGUUGAAUCAUUCCAAAUUCUAUUAAUUCAAGGCAAAUGUUUCCAAUUCAAAUACUCAGUCAUCAAUUCCCAGGUGAAUUCCCAACAAUUCACAUUCUAGUCCAGGGGUAGGCCACCUUUGGCACUGCAGAUGUUGUGGACUACCUCUCCCAUAAUGCUCUUAUAGCCAUAAAAUGCUGGCAAACCAUCAGGAGAGAUGUAGUCCACAACAUCGAAAGUGCCAUACGUUUCUAACCCCUGGUUUAGUAAAUAACCCUGAGGUAGUGUUUGUUUUUUCAAACCUUCAAGGUUAUUCAGUAAAUUGCUGGUUGCCAAGAAUUCACCAAAAAACUAGAAAUCUAAGGUUGGAUCUUGAAACAUCAAUAACUUAGACAAAAAUUCCAGAUUGGCUGUUCUAGCCUCAAAUUUGCAAUUUUGAGAUUAAUUGCCAAUAAUUCAAAUUUUAAUGAGUAAUCGUGAUUACGUGUGUACAUAUGCAAGACUUAAUUUAAUCAGUUAUUUAUUGACAUUGAAUUGCAAAUUGUUGACCAAAUUGUUGAAGCGUGUAGGUUUUACUUAAAAUUAUACGUCUGUUAUUCCUUAUAUAUCCUGAUCCCUUUUCAUAUCUUUUCUACUGAAAAAGUAAUUUAAAAUACUAUAUGUGUAUCGUGAUUAUAUUGGGGUUUUUUUUCCUGAUGCAUGCAUCACUGUAAAUAUGUUUAUAUAUUUGUUUGGGUUUAUGAAGAAUGAAUUGUUUGCCAAAAAAGUUCUCUCAUUGUGUUGUACGUUUUGUACUUACAGCAGAAUCUUCACAGUUUUUGUUUACGGAAUAGUGUCUGUUGUGUAGCAGCGACUCUUGAUUAUACAUAUAGAGUAUUAUCUGUUGUGUUUGCUUACUACAUAGCAUCUGUUAGACUUGUCCACUUGGUUUCAAACAAAUCACAAUUCAUCUCGACUUGGGCGAUUGGUGAUUCAACCAGAUUGCGCAACUGUGAAACGCUAUAUGGAAUAAUCACGAAACAAACUAUAUGGGCAAUACACAAGUUAUUUAGUUUGCUUUUUGAUUUGGAGUUCCAUCCAUGAUGCCAAAAAAAAAAGGAUAACAUAAAGAUAAUUGAUGGCUAAUGGACAGCCAUUAAAUGUGUAUUAUUCACAGAUCAAGUGAGAAGUGAUCAAUAAAAAAAACUGAAAAAAAUAAGAAAAGUGAAAAAAAAUUCGAUAUUGAUAUAUCUAACUAAUAAAUAAAUAUAUAUUUUUGCUGCUCCUCUUCUUUUUCCUUCUAUUGAUUACUUCUUCUCACCUGUUUUGUGAACCAAAUGGAGUGAAAAUAUGUUCAGAGCAAUAUAUAUAUGUUUGUCUCCUACUCCCCAUUCUGGUGUCCCUUACCCCUAUGUAGUAUGUAGUUUCCCCUUCUGUCCCAUGUGUCUUCUGCCCCAUUUGAGUGUCUCUUACGACCCAUGUAGUGUCUUCUUCUCCCUCGUGUGUCUGUUAUGUGGGUUAGCAUUAGUUAGGGGUAUCGUGCGUAUCAAAAUUAUCUAGGUAUUCUGCUUUGUGGUUUUAGUAGUGUGCUGCCUUCUUCAUUCAUGUUUAUUUCAUGAAUGAAGCUAUUAGUGUUUGUACUUAGAAAGCAAUGAUAUUCCUUAUAAACACCUUAGGAUGUGAUAUUCGCAUGACAUGCUCUACUAUGGGCAGAGUAAGUCUGUGACAUCUUUCCACUGUAAGGAACAUAGCAAAGGCAGUCAAGACCAUUGUGCGUGAGAUUAUGCAAAGAGAAUAAAAAAAUGAAUAGCAGACCAUUCAUUCAAAGUAUGCAAUGCAUAGAGAGCAUGGAUAGAUAUGCAAUACAUAGAUAGCAUGUUUCAUGUAUAGCUUCUUCUUACAGAUACCUAGAAAAUUAAAGAUUUGGAAAUCUGAGUGGAGACUGUAAAGUAAUAGACAUUAAAAAAUAUGUUUGCAUAUAUUGGAGAACAAUGGUAGAAAUCAAUACAGGACAAUCACACAGGUAAACAUCAAAUCCAUUAUAUAUACCAAGGUGAUCCCUGAUGCUAUUCUGCACUGGACUCUGCCCCCUCAGUCAGAUCAUCAUGAGGAGUGUACAUCGAUACAGAUUCAAGAGUGGAACUACUAUCAGUCACCUUCUCAAGAUGGAUGGCAUUAGGUUGUAUGCCAAGGAUGAGAGGAACAUCGACUUACUGAUUUAUCUAACUAGGAUAUACAGCAAGGACAUGUAAAUGUACAAACUAGAUAAAUGUGGGCAAAGUAUAUCAAAAAAGGCAUCACAUUAUCAAAAUUAAAAGUACUGUUGAACUAAAAGGAACAAAUAGGAGACCUAAAGAAAAGCUACAAGUUCCUGGGAAUAUGACACAAAGGAAUAAUGAGGAAGAGGCAAGGAAGACAGUAAUGUCCAAGUACCUCCAGAGAGCCACACAGUUAAAGAGGUCCCAACUAAAUGACAAGAACAAGUCUUCACAACAGCAAUACAUACAUCCUACCAGUGAUCAGGUACCUAGUUGGGAUAAUAACCUUGCCAAAAGAGGAACUGAAAACUGUGGAUAUCGAGACUAAGAAACUCCUCAUGAUGAAUGGAGGAUUUUAACAUCCAGUGACUGUACACCAGUUGGAUGGAAGGAGGUCUGGCUCUAGUGAAUGUCAAUGCCACAGUCCUGGAUGAAACACAGAGCAUCUAUAAGUACAUAAUGAAAAUGGCACCAAAAGAUGACAUUUUAAGGGAAUGUCUUUGGCAGAAAGCAGACAGAGACUGUCCAUAAGAAGGAUGUUCCAUGGCAGGGCAAACCCCACCAUGGGAUUUAACAUCUGCAUUAUGAAAUCCUACCAGUGGUUGGAAAAGAUAGAUUAAACUCAUCAAUGAGGCUCUAAUCCUAGCAGCAGAGAAACGGGCACUCAGAAACAGAGUAAUAGCAGCAGAGGUCAACCACACCAAACAGGACCCAAAGGCACACUGAGGCCCUCAGAGAGGAUCCAGCUAAUCAGUACCCUAGUAGAAGAUGUCAGCAAGGGCAGCAUACACUGAGAGGUAUAAUGAAGUUUUUAGGAUUGUGUACAGAAACAUCUGCACCAAAUAUAGUCUGGAUCUGCCAGAUGGAAGGUGCCAUAAAGGGUAAUGCAAAUGACAGGGCUAGGAUAGGAUGGGACAUCUAGAUCAAUAAAUGACAAACAAGGUCUAUAAAUGUAAAGAAAGAAUACGAUGAACAAAACUAGACCAAUGUUGGUGCUACCAUACAUGGAGGCAGCAAACUUCCUUACAUUCAAAUAAUAUGCAAAAUAAGUCUGCCACAUGGCAACUGGUAUGAUACAGGCUUUAACUGAAACUCCAAGUUACAAGGACAAACAUUUCAGCCUCGCCAUGUGGCCUUUGUCAAGUCAAUAAAACCCUGCAUCAAACCAGUGGUGAUAUGCCUGAAUGUAUUUUGCAUACUAUUUGACAAAUAUGUACUGGCCAACCAAGAAGACGUUGUGGUGUUGGACAAUGAAUGGAAGACUGAAGUAGUAGUGGAUGUGGCACUACCCAGUCACCAUGACAUCAAGAAGAAAGAACAUGCAAAGGUGGACAAAUGCCAAGGACUCAAAGAGGAGCUGGAAAGAAUAUGGAAAGUGAAGGUCAAGGUCACAGUAGACUUAGUGGUGAUAAGCAGCACUCAUGGCUGUAACUCCCAUGUUGGGAGAAUAGCUUCAGCAGAUUCCAGGUGGGACAUCCAAGAUUUCUGUCAUCAGACACCAAAGUGUCUGGACCCAAGAAUAAGGAAAACACAAAUGCAACCAAGCGGGGUUAAACAUCUAUUUAUGUCUAUAAAUCGUUACCUAGCUAACUCAAAGCAUUUGUAUAAUUUAUGGCAUUGCAUGCCCUUGAAUACUAAUGGUAUUCCUGGAGCUCUCUCCAUUUCUCCUCUGUUCUCUGUGAGCCAUGUAGGCUCCUGAGCAAUGUAUAAUUUACGAUGAAUCAUAUAAUGAUAUGGACUGACUUAAACCAGGGAAGAGAAUUAAUUCCCACUAGUUGAAUCAUGGUUCUGGAGUGGAAAGAAAACCUAAAGCUCUAUUUGACUAGAUGUCAAUAUGUAUAUUCAUCAUAUAUUGUGGCCCAAAAGUAGGUAUACUGUUGAAUCAAUUAAAUUCAUCACAACAGAUUACCUAGUACACAUACACACUGAAACAGAACAAUGUGGCAAUUAACCCUGUAUAUAAAUAGUUUUGGGUUAUUACAGAGUAUUAAGGGGACACUAUAGUCACCUGAACAACUUUAGCUUAAUGAAGCAGUUUCAGUGUAUAGAACAUGCCCCUGCUCAAUCCUCUGCCAUUUAGGAGUUAAAUCCCUUUGUUUAUGAACCCUAGUCACACCUCCCUGCAUGUGACUUGCACAGCCUUCCAUAAACACUUCCUGUAAAGAGAGCCCUAUUUAGGCUUUCUUUAUUGCAAGUUCUGUUUAAUUAAGAUUUUCUUAUCCCCUGCUAUGUUAAUAGCUUGCUAGACCCUGCAAGAGCCUCCUGUAUGUGAUUAAAGUUCAAUUUAGAGAUUGAGAUACAAUUAUUUAAGGUAAAUUACAUCUGUUUGAAAGUGAAACCAGUUUUUUUGUUUUCAUGCAGGCUCUGUCAAUCAUAGCCAGGGGAGGUGUGGCUAGGGCUGCAUAAACAGAAACAAAGUGAUUUAACUCCUAAAUGACAGUGAAUUGAGCAGUGAAAUUGCAGGGGAAUGAUCUAUACACUAAAACUGCUUUAUUUAGCUAAAGUAAUUUAGGUGACUAUAGUGUUCUUUUAAAGCAAGCUGGUGGAUAACAUUGCUUAAAUACCAUUUCUAAGUAAUUUAUCUAAGCAUUGUCAUCUCAAUUCUGAAUACGAAGGUCCAUCAAGUAAAUUUUCACCUACCAUCAUCUGAUUACACACAAAGUCUUACAUAGUGAGUCAGAGUCAAUUACUAGCAUUGAGCAAUGAGGAAAAAAUGAAUGAUGCCUUCCCCGGAAAAAACAUAAUAUUACAGCUGACAGAUAAUUAGUGUGCACUUUAAGAUGUAAUCAGCUUUUUAAGAAAAAAUGUAACUUAAGUGUAGGUUUUGCCAUAAUCAACUACAACGUGGAGCCAAGAAUACUUCAGAAAAAAAUUAUAAAUUAAGGAAAAUGUUAAUUUUCAUAAAAACUGAAAUUAAACCAUGAAAAAAAAGAUACGGUGGAAUUUUAGCUUUAAUAUGAGGGUAUAGGAACAGACAUAGUUCCUCUACUAUAGGAGGCAAAAGUCAAUAAACAAAAUAAUUUUUGUAAAUGUAUGCAGAUUAUUUAAUUUCAUGACUGCAUAGUGCGGUACCAUACACAUAACAUGUUUCAGUCCAGUACCUGGUUCGGUUAUUGCCUCUUUUGAGAGUGUUUCCCUUCAUUCAUGUAUAACAUAUACCCAGUUGGAUUCAAGUCAGUAGGUUGACUUGACCUAUGAGGUCAUUAUUCUUUUUUUGGUCCGUGAAAACCUGCUUUGUUGAACUAGCUAUAUAUUGAUGAAGGUUGUUGUCUUGGUGCAAUUGGAAAUGUCUUCCGGUGGUUUCAAGUAAGGACCUGUUCACAUCAAAAUUAAUUUUGCUAGUGUUAUCAGUAAAGCAAGUCCAAUCUCGUGGCCACCAUAGAUCUUCAAUCCGUAACAUUACCUCCACCAUGUUUCACAGAUUAGACGGUAUGCUUUGGAUCAUGUACCAUUCCUGUCUUUCUCCAUUUUUCCUCUUUCUAUCACUCUGGUUCUUGGUUAUUCUUUUUUUUUUUCAGAACUGUGCAGAUUUUUUAUUUAAUUUUGAACCAAGCAACCUUUUUGUCACUGUCCAGAUAUUCAUGGACUGCACUGUAUACAUAGCACAAGAUAUUCAUGGACUGCACUGUAUACAUAGCACAGUCUAAAUUAGAGGUUGGCAACCUUUGGCACUCCAGAUGUUUUGGACUACAUGUCCCAUAAUGCUCUUACAGUUAUAAUGCUUGCAAAGCAUCAGGGGAGAUGCAGGCCACAACACCUGGAAUGCUGAAGGUUGCCUACCCCAGUCUAGAUCAAUGUUACCAAACAUUGUAAUGUCGACACCUGUGUAUUAUUGUGAAGGGGGUACUAUUUGGGAGAAAACCACUAAAAUCAGUGCUUUAUAUAUAAGAGUAAUGGUUUUGGUAUAGAUCUAUACAUUACAGUUGGCACUUAUACUAUUGGAAACACCUGCUAGUAAUUUAUACUAUUGGAAACACCUUCUCGUUUACUUAAAAUAAUGAUUAUAGUCAAUAAAACCUUCUGGGUUUUCAGGUAAAAUAGGACCAUUAAUAACAGGCAGUGCUAUACUUGUCUCAGGUGUCUAUAUUUUAUGGCUUACCCUUGGGUUGGCUAGUAAAGUUGCCAUUUUGAUGGUGGCAUCAUUCUGCGUAAAACAGUGGUAGCAAUGCGUCUGCCUCAAUGAGUUAGCCCAUAGUCUCCCUACAGGAAUUGUACCUAGCACCCUCAACAACUAAUUAAUAUCUAGGUUCUGGGGGUUCACUUUUAAUGGAAAGGAAUUAAACUCCUACUCUUAGCAGUAAAUAUAUCAGAGAGUUCUUUUCUAAAAUGUGGUAUAAAGUACUAAAAGUGAGGCAAUUACCAGUGGAACCAGCAGACACAUUCCAUUGGUGAUGUCCCCUUUCCUAUUUUUUGCAUAGUUUUUUUUAGAACAGAAUACUUUAAUAAAUUUCCACCUUAGUCUCAAUUUACAUAACAGGAACUGACAUUUUUCUCCAGAUAUUUACAGAAGUAAUAGUAAUCAGUAUACUCCACUAGAUGGUGCUGGAUAAUAAUCUAAAAGUAGCUGUAAACCAAAAUGAAAACAGCCAAUACAUGUUUUACAUAAAAUAUCAAGCCAUUGUAGGUAGCAUUAUCUAUAAUCCAGGAGAGUCUCAGAAUAUUUGCCAGACAAGCUAUUAAUUGGAAAGAUUUAAUUUAAAAAAAAUCACACAGUGUACUCUGUGCACAAAGGUUAUGUUUCUAAGACCAUAUACCACCACUUAGGAGAGGAGGUAAUCGACAAAGUUUACUUAGAAAGAAGGAAGCCUUUUAGAUUCACACGUUAGACACUCUAUGGCCCAAGGGACUCAGAGAUUUUUCGCUCAUCUCCUUUCUGUAAUUCCUUUUGUAUACAUUUCAUCUGGAAUCAGAUUUAUUAUUUUUCCUUUCUUAGCGUGUUCGACUGAAAAACCCGAUUUUGUGUACACCGGGAUUUUGGUGGUUUCACAUGGGGUAAAUUUGACUCCUUAGAAUAUUCAGUGUCUAUGUGCCUAUAUUGUUUACAUAUUGUACAUGGCCAUCUUAAAGACGAUAUAUAGAUUGAUUUUGUAUAAACACUAAGAUUAUGUUCUGUUGACAAUGUGAUUUCCCAAGAUUCUAACAUGUAUUAUCGACAUAUGCUUCUGCCAGCUGUAGCAUAUUAAUUAAGAUGGCCCUGAAUUUUCUAGUUGGUUUACUGGGAUAUAAAUUUUAGAUUGAUACAUUGUGUCUUUAACAUUAAAUCAUAUUACUUUAUGCCUUGUCAUAUUCCAUGCCAUAUAUUGCGAUGUUUAGCCAUACUACUUAAUGUUUUCAGAAACGUCCGUUAUGUUUUACUACUGAUAUUUUGUAUGUCAUUUAGAUACAUGUGUUUGUAUUUUUAUUGAUGAAUUAAUUGGUUGUGGGGUUAUAUAUGAACAUUUGCACUUUGUUAUCCAUAUGCAUGAUUAAGGCUCUGUUGAGCCGAAACGUUGCGCUUUCUGUGGGGUGCUUCACCUGUUAAUAAAAUACCUUCCUUACCAUUGGAGUGUUGCCUGCAUUUACUUUUCCAUCUUAGCUCCGUCCUUUGCACUUGGCAAUUAAAAUAGAUAAAACAUACAGAGAGGAGAAUAAAUUAAAGUAUAUUUCUGUUUCUACUCUUUGUUUGCAAUAUUUUCCCUACCUUGUCUGAACUGGAUUAUGAUGUAAUUUAAUAAAUCUUUAAUAUAACUUCAAACGAACGCUAUAGCGUUAAGGAUGAAAACAUGUAUUGCUAAUACUACAGUCUUAACAUACCUUCUUAGAUCACCCUUCCUGAGCGACUGUGAGGGUUUGAAUGGUGAGUUUUAUUUAGAUUUCAGCACUUGCUGCCACAGUCUCCUUCCUGAUGCCCUGCCUCCUUGGCUGAUAUCAUGAUGAUUAGUUAAUUCAGCCAAUCCCAUGGAGAAACAUUAGGAGGCUAGUGGGAAUUCGUGGGCGCUGCACUGCACUGCACCAAUUAAAUGCUCUCUAGGAGAGUAAUUUGAUCUGUAACCGAGUUUAACUCGGUUAUAGCUGUGGAGCACCUCUAGUGUCUGCCAGGAAUAAAACCGCUAGAGGUGUGUUAUCCCUGCAGUUUAAACAUUGCAGUUAAAAAAAAACAAAAAAAAAACUGCAAUGUUUUACAUUACAGGGCUAACCCUACAGGGCCACUGCAUCCAGACCACUUCAUUGAGAUGAAGUUGUCUGGAUGCAGUUAGUGGUCCUUUAAAGGAAAACUCAGCAUCUCAUGAAAAACACUAAUUAUAGGUUAUUUUCAAUGUUUUUUUUUUUUUUUUUUAUAAAGGUGUAAUUUCCAGGGAAGUGACAGUUCCCUUACAGUUUUCAUUUAGCUAAUAAUGUUAUAUUCAGGGAUUUUAAGAGUGCAUUCAUGCUGUAGUUCAGUCUUUACAUAAAGGAAUAAAACGAAUAUGGUAAGUGAGUACAAAUUACUUAUUAUUUUAAUGUCAUAUUUUUGUUCACGCUAUACCUGUGUAUGUAAAAAGUAAUUAAUGAAUGCCUGGCCAUGCAUUGCAGUUCUAUAAUGAAUUAACUCACAAUACACAAAAUACAGCAUCAUUCACACAACAAGGCUUUAAAAUGAGAAACUUUGAUCCAAUGGCCAUAAGGGCAAUAUCCAUCUAUAUUAUGAUAUAUUUUGAGCCAUUGGCUGGAUGAUGUUUCAAUUUGAUGUAUUCAAGAAAUUCAUUAUUGCAUAUCUUCUGGGUCUGUCACUCUGAACAACAAACUAAACAUGGUAUUCUGAUAUCUUGAUUAACUUGACACUGUGACAACACAUUUUUUUUUAAUAUUUAAAUGACGAUUUUAAAGUAGGUUAAUAACUCGCAGUGAACAACAGGACAUAAGUAAUGUUUGUAAUUUACAAAGAGUUAUAUAAGGAUAUAUUCUCAGCAUUUAAAAUGUCCUAUAAAAACUAAGUUUUUACAUUCAUAGCAGUGAUAUAAAAUCCCCAGCAAUAAGACAAAUAAGACAUAAUGUGUGAUAUAAAAUCAAAGAUGAUGUUAGUCCUUAACGUUACAUAAUGUGCCUGAAUGUCAAGGAUCAUUACAAGGUAAAAAUGCAUUAAUUGUAGCGACAUUUGUAGUGACAUUUAUAUCAUUCAUUUUGUACCCAGCCGUUUGCAGUCUUCAUAUCAAAAGAGCAAUAAAUGAUUCCGAACACAUUUUGCACUUACAUUUAAGCAGACAAGACAUAUGUGAUAGUUGUUGUUUGAUAUACGCAUGGCACGACUGUUCACUUACUCCUUUUUAGCAGUUUUUUUUUGUUUGUUUGAUAUUUAAUUUUUUUUCCCUCUGAUUAUUUGGGGUGAAUGGAUGUAUAACAGAUCUGUAUUACAAAAAAGCUCAAGGUAGUGCAUUUUAAACAUUUGUUUAGAAAUUAGUCUUUUUAAAUAGGAUACUUUCAUUUUGUUGGAUUUUCGGUAACUGGUUUCUGGUUAUGAGUAGGUCACUUUGUGAGUAGUACUUUGGUAUUGCAAUGCCUGAGGCUAUGCAUCUAUCUAUGGAAUAUUCUCUGUAUGGACACUUGGAAUGUGUCAAUCUUUAUUCCAAGAGACACUGAAGAAAUAAAAUAAAAUGGAGAUCAAAUGUAUCCAUUAAGCUAUAAUAUAUCCACGCAUGAAAUCUCAGCCGGUGUCACAGUACCUGCUCUCCAGUACAAUACACAGCCAUGACUCUUACUGGAAUAAAUUUUUCAGUGGGUGGUAAAAUUAGACUAGAUGUUUGGUGUUUUUUAUUUAACAUAGUGCUAUUUUAUUAAUAGGUUGUGUUUUUUGUUUAAUUGUAGGUGACACAAGCUGUGUUGGGAGAUGUGGUGAAGGGUAUUUUCGAGGGCAUGCCUGCCAUUGUGAUUAUACCUGUAUGUCUUUUAUGGAGUGUUGUCAGGACUUCAAGACAGUUUGCACAACAGGUAACGAGACCACCAAGCUCAUUUUAGAUUCCCCACUUAUGGACACCACACCACCUAGACCAUCACCAAAAUAUAGUAUGGAAUUAUAUUAAUUAUGCAUUGAGUUAUAUUCACUAAACUGGAAAUUUAGGAGAAUAGGCAAAAUAGCCAAGCUGGAAAAAUUCAACAAAUCAGCUUUUAUUUUUUUAUUAAAAUGUGCAAUUCGUUAGUAAAUUCUAAAUUCCUGGUUUAGUAACAUAGAACCCUGCAUUUUAAUUUGAUGCAAUAGCUAAGUUAAAAUUAUUGGUUUACCUUAAACAGGAUAUGUGGCCUCUCCCACCAAUCGAUAUCUCCACACAACCUUUAAGAUCCAUCAUUCAUUUUAAUUUGUACCACAUUUCAUUUAAUGUGUGCUCUGAAGACAGAGCUCCAUAAAAGUCAAGUCCCUUCCUCCUCUAUUGGGUAUUUUUGAUUAGUUUUGGUCUCUUCUGUUCAUACUUAUUCUUCUGUUUAAAUUUCAACCUCAAUGUUCUAAAAAAAAGUCUAAACCAAAAAUCAGUUAAUUUUCAAAUCAGAUCAGAUAAAAAACUAUAUGCUGGAAAACUUUAGUAGAAAAAUUUAUUGAUUUUGUUAAUUUACAUUAUGGAAAACACAAAAAAACUGUCAAAUCUUGGAAACACUAAAUACCCAGAAAUAUGCCAAUGGCCAAUUAUGUAACAAUACUGGAUGAUGGAACGUGUGCACAUUUGUUGAAGACCAGAUUUUAUGUUAUUUCUUGUGCUAAUCAUUAUAUUAAGCAGAGAUGCAGGUACGUACAUCACAACUAGUGUUUAUAAAGACUGUUAAUAGAUAUGUGAUUUUAGCAUUAUUUAUAGGAUAAUGUUAUGACGCUUGAGUUUUUUUAUAAAGUGGUUUAUUCACUACACCGUCAAUUCAAUUUAAAUUCCUAAAUGUUGCAAUUGACUCAAUUGGAAAAUCUAACCAAAAUAGCAGAGUUGGUUAAAGUAAAAAAAUCACAAAAGAAAAAAAUGCAUUUACUAAUGAUAAUUGUGUAGAUAUACAUAUGUAAAGUGCAAAAAUUUGUAAAUAUUUAAUAAAGUCAAAUUAUAUAUUUUUUACAUAUACAGUAUGAAAAUGCUUGACAUAUUAAAUUGCUCAUUUUUUUUAUAUUUAGAACUUGACUGUUUUGGCCUAACAUUUUCAUUUUUAUUUAUCACUGUGCACUAAAUUUAGGUAUUAUUAAAGUGAAUUAAAGGGGCACUCUACUGAACAAUAAUAGAGGGGGGAAAAUUCUCUAUUUAGUAGAUAUACCGCAGUGAACACAUAAAUGCCUUUUUGUAAUGCAUGUUUCCAUUGGGUGUCAAUGUAAAGUCAGCUUACAAAAACCCCUUCUAACUCUACCCAGACCUUCUGUGGCUGUCCAAUCACAGACUUCCCAGUGCAGCUCAAUGAGAAAUCUUUGCAAGGCAGGUGCUCUAGGCAAUUACUGCCUCUUGAGUUUAGUUCUACUGCGCUAACCAAACCAGGGAGUAACAUGGGAUGAAACAACAUUCACUUAUAAAAGUACACAUUUCUAUUGAAAUUUGAACUUUGUGUAAAAUGAAAAAAAAAGAGGACACACUCUUCAAGCAGUAAAGCAAUUCAGCGAGAUAAACAACUUUAGGCAUUUAGGAUGUUCCUUUAAAGCUGGAUGAGCACCAAUAAUGUUAGAAUAGAAAGCAUAAUUAUUACAGCAAAGUUGCAAAAUUUAGACCAAAAUAGCACAGCUGAAAAACAAAAAAUACCAGUUGAAGUUGAACAUUUGCUCCAAAUCAACUAUUGUAACAUUAAUUUUGCAAAUUAAAUGCCAACUCAAAAGAAAUCAUAUUUAGUGGAUUUUAAAAAAAAAAUGUAAAUUUAAACGUGUUUAAAUAACUUCGCAUUAUUUUCUGAUCAAGGUAUUUUCUUACAGCAUUUAGAAAAACGAUUGGUAUGUAAUUCUCUCUCUCUCUCUUUCUUUUUAUCUCUCUUUCUCUCUGUAAUUUGCAUACAUCCAUAUUACAUAUUGUAUUAUAUCUAAUGUAUUUACACAUAUUUAAUUCAGAGGCCUCAUGCAAGGGACGAUGCCAUGAAGGGUUUAUAAGAGGACAGACUUGUGAUUGUGAUCCUGGCUGUGAAAGUUAUGGAAGAUGCUGUUCAGACUACAAAGAAUCUUGUGCCAGUAAGUGCUUUUAUUCCUGCAUGCAUAAGCACCUUUUCUUUACAGUAUUUUUCUAAUUUUUAGUUCUUUAAGUGGAAAAUUAACACAUUUGUAAAUCUUAAUUCUAUAAACUGUAAUAAGUGGAAGUGGAAGCAUAUUAUUAGAAUGAUAUAUCACAUUUUAAUUCAUAAUUCUCUGAUUUAUAGCACUUUUAGUAACUUCCAAAUACUUUGAUAUCUUGUUUUUAAUUGUUAAUAGAUUAUGGAGUUAGGAAAGAGAAACAUGCAUUCUUUAUGUAGGAUAGUUUAUUGGGUUAAUGAACUUGUGGUUUAAAAUAAUUUAUUUGCACAAAAAGCAUUUCCAAACAUCCAAAGUCUUCGAUUAAGAACAACUGUAAUAGUCCAAAUAAAUUGUGAUUUUUUUUCUUAUAACUAUAGUGAUAUUUUGCUGCUUGAAUCGUACAAUUGUAUAUAAGUUACACACAUUAUUUAGACAGACAGACAAUAAAUGUUCAUACAAUUCAUUGCUGUUGUUAUUAUAGAACCAACGGAGCGUCACUCCCCACCACCUCGCAGAGAGUCCUCGCCAGCAGUUGAUGAAAGAGAUAGGACCCCUGAGCCUACAAGAAAACCAAAUGGUGAAAGAGAAAGAGAUGACUACCCUGCAGGUAACACAAAUUACCACAUUAUUGUCCAUGAAUGCUUUAUAUUUGCCAGCUAUUAUGCAGUAUCCACGUAUGUUUCAUUCAUUUCAAAACAGUUCUAGCAAAGAGUAUCCCCACCUAUCCAUUGAUGGACUGCUAGAACAUCUUACAUCCUGAGGUCAUAUAUAAAUAAACGGCAUUGAGAUUUGUUCAUUCGUCACAAGAUUUGUAAUUUGUUGCUUUAGGAAAAAAUAUAGAAUUAUUAUGUGAUCCCUCUAUGAACCUCUCUCAGACACAGAUCUCUACAAUUGUGGAGCAGCUGUUUAUAGAAACAAAUUAUAAAACAAAUCACAAACACACAAGUGAAUAUAGUGACAAGUGGGAGAUAUAUUAAUAUGUGCCUUCACAUUGGUGACAUUGUACUGAUACAUUUUUAGUUGAUUUGAAAUAAGAUGUAUUAUUGCUAUAUUAUAUUGUUUUGACCUAGAACGGUUUUGAAUAUUGUUUAGUUGCCUGCCUUUGAUUGUUAAGAGUGUUAUUCAUUAAACUGAGAAUUAUGGAACUUUAACAAAAAAAAAUCUAAUUUUAGCUAGAAUAUCUGAGUUGAAAAACAGAUAUUUUCAGGUUGAUUCACAAGUGAGAACGUAAGAUGAAUUGAAAGUGGAUUUCACGAUUAAGGUCAAACUGUAAGCAUAGCCAACACGAAAAAGUAUAUCUACAAAAUUAAAUAAGAAACCAAAUAGAGUAAUAUCACCAAUACACCAAAUAUGUGAAUUUCAAGGUUAAACUCACAAGAUAAAACAUUGUUGGUAAAAGGUCCAUCACCUAUGUAGUAGAUCUCAAAUUGAGCAUCCUCUGAAUUCUCCCAGGAGCAUGUAGGGAAACGUAAAAAAAUGAAUAUCUGCUUUAUUGUAGUACACUUACAAGAUUUAAGUGUGAGAUCUACUACAUAUGUGAUGGACCUUUUACCAACAAUGUUUUGUUUUGUGAGUUUAACCUUGAAAUUCACAUAUUUGGUGUAUUGGUGAUAUUACUCUAUUUGGUUUCUUAUUUAUUUAUUUUUUGGUAGGUAUACUUUUUUGUGUUACCUAUAUGAGGAAUUUUAGGAUUCUGUUAUAUCUACGAAUUUUGAGUUUGAAAAGAAUAAAUACAAUUUCAUGUAAAUUUCCAUUUCCCUGCAUAGCACUGCUAGGGUAAGUGUGCAAGUUUUUUGUUGUAUUAGGAAGCAUAAGUAACUUAGUAAAGUAAAGUAAAUAAGUUUUCCAGUUCAGCUCUUUUUGCCCUAAAAUUUGAAAUUCACUUUGAAUUAUAAUUUUAGUGAAUAACUAAGUUAAAGGUUUCCGUUUUGAAAAAUAGCCAAGAACUUUUGGACCACUAGAGAUGAGCUGGAAACAACUGAGUUGGUGACUGUUCCAUUUUAUAUUCUCUGGUCUAAAAUUGUAAUUCUCUUGUCAAGUCUUCACAAUUCAGGUAGACAUUUCUGUCUACCAUUAUGUCAUUAUAACUGUACAGCUUAAAUAUCAGAUUUACAGAUUCAGAUCUGGAAAAUAACCGGAUCUGGGCACACUAUAUAGGCAUUAUGUACUAUUCCACCCACUACAUCAAACUAACCAAAUAUUAGAGAUGUUUAACCCACUGUGCCUGGAGAAAAUAAAAUAGCUACAUACAGAAACAAUAUGAUGAAAAAAUGUAAGUAAAACUAAAUUAUUCCGGAAAUGUUAGAAAUAGAAGCUAACAAGGUUAUUUAGAUCAUGGAAGGAAAGAUCUAUCAGCAAUAUCAGACUGAUCAACACUAUUUUAGCAUACGGAUGCUGGGGCACAACUUGGACAACUGGGAGAAGAAGUGCCAGAGGCAUGGGCAAUUUGCCACCCUUGCCAAUUUUGAAGUAGAGAUGAAACAUAUCUGCACUGAUCUGGUUUCUCUUGGUUGUACUGAUGAACUAUUCUACUCCCUAGUGGUAGUACCAAUUAACUUGUCAACCAUCUCUGGAGGUUUGUCUGGAAAUAGCCCUGUAUGGCAUUGUCUUUGGCAUUCUUAAACUGGUGGGAUUGUUCAAUAAAGUAUGAAUUAUUCAGAAUUUAAAGACAAUUCUUUGCGAAUUUAAAUUUUAGGCCAAUUUAGCCGACUUUGAAUUUUUUUAAAUUUGGCUAUUUUUCCAAAAAUUUUAAUUUCACUUUGAAUUCACUUUGCACUUUCACAACUUGCACCUCCAUGUUCUUCUGUGGCAUAGAAGGAGAAUCAUGGGUAUAUUAUAGCAACUAGAGCAUAAAUUGGUGUAUCUGUGGGGUUCCAUGUGAAGGUUCCAAAGAGAGCAGGCUGGGGCCCCUUCAUCCAGCCAAAGCCCAGGUGGGUAUUUCCAAAAUGUUAUUGCAUGUUGUAAAAUAUUUAAUAUAGAUCCUGAACAGAGAGAUGACCCAGCACAAAGGAAAAUUCAGAAGAAAACCCCAAAACUACCCAAAAGCAGAGUAAAUGAACCGGAAAAGGAUCAAAAAGGUAGCAUUGUUGAAUAGUAUCAAGUUACUCAUAGUGAUUUCUGAUAGUUAUUCAUUCUUGUUAUCAUCUGGAAUUUCAUGUAAAGUCAUAUGUUUGACCGUCCAUAUGAGGUUUAAUAAUAUGAUGAAAAAAUAUGAUGAAAAAAUAUAAUUAAAACUAAAGUAUUCCAGUGUUAUUCCCUAGAACGCAUCCCUUUGUAGUCCAUAUUAAAACAGGUGUGCCACAAGACAGAUAAAUCAACUCUAAUAAUUGUCUGUAAACAUUCCAAUUAGAUAAUAUGGAAAUCAACAGCAAUGAGGAAAAUGAGAUAAUAUGCUCAUCAAACAGUCCAAUUUUGAGUUUGUUAUAAAAAAAAAACAUGGAAUUUUCAUCUUUUGCACCCAAAUCUGUAUGAAUUUGGUAUUUGCUUAACAUGUGAUUUAAUUUGGUAGUGAAAUCCUCAAUGACUUUAUAUGAGUAAAAGUCCUCAAUUUUUGUUCUAAGUAAACAUUGUAAAUGUAUGUACUAAAUCUCUAAUCAUGAAUAGUUGGAAGUGGGCUUUUUUUAAGGAAAUUUGGAUUAUGAUGUUUCUUUCUUUUUUUAUUGUUACAUUCUCAUCGCUUCUUGCCAUGGUAUCAUUUUGGUUCAGAUAAAAUUGUACCCUGAAUGUCUUACAAGGAAGUGAAGACACUAUGUGGGAAAUUUAUCAAAGGGUCAUGUUCCAAAAAAUGGUGCAAAGAUGUAAAAGGGGAAGUGUCACUAAAUACAUUUGCCUGAUGGUUCCACAGGUUACCAGAGUGAUGGCCUACUUGUAGAACUUUACACCAUUUUCCAGAACAUAACAUUUUGAUUACUUUCGUCCUUUGUUACAUUUGCUUAUAGAUGCGCCACAGAGACACACACCAUCAUCACCUAAAAAAAAGAUCAGAAGAAACCCUGUAAAACCAGAAGAAAGAAACUAUAAGAGAUUUAGUAAACCAGAGGAAGAGGAGCCUGAAGGUACUUUAAAUGGGAAUAUGUAAUAGAUUGGCUGCUUUGCAUGGCUGAUCUGUUAAUAUUCUCUUCCCUGUGUCAGAGUUGAGGUCAUAUCAGUUCCCAGACACACUUACUGAAUCCAUAGUUGUUUUUGAUAGGGUUGUCCAGGGUUGAAGAUUGUUCUGAAUGAGCAAAACACCAUAUUGUUAAAAGGACUCUGCAGGGGUUUGUGAUCAAGUUGAAUCACAGCACAAAGCAUUGCAAGAAGACAAAUGUAAUGUCAAGCUAUGAACUCAAUUGGCAAAUUAGGGUCCCAAGGAGCCAAUUGCACUUCUUAUUUGGUAUUAUGACAGCUAUUUAUUGCUCAACAACAAAAAUUGGUAUGUCCACAGUGACUGUAUUUUCCCAGCAAAAUAUUCAUAAAGGGAAACAAUGUCCUUUUUAUAUUGGUACCAUCUUUAAUGUUUAAAAUACAUUUGUUUUCUUUCAUUUUCAUAACGUACACUCUUUGAACAUUUGCUGUUGAAGUUUAAUUCUUUCUCAGUUAAAAAAGAAUUUCUUAGAAGAAACUGAAGACAUUCUGUUACAUUUGCUCCUAGACUUCCCACAACGAGGCGUACAAUCUUCAAAAAGGCCAACUAAAAAAACUACCAAAAGAAACCCUAAAAAAAAAAUAAAGAAGAAAUAUAAGACAUUAAUUAACCCAGAAGAUGAGGAACCUGAAGGUACUUUAAAAUGAAAUAUGUAAUAGAUUGAGCAUUCAGACCAGCCAAUCUGUUCAUAUUCUUAGCACUAUGCAAGCAUGGAGGCAGAAUCAGUCCAUCAACUCAGAAUGCAUUACAUCGAUGGAAGCUUACCUGUACAUGCAAACUCCAAGCACCAGCACCACUUUGAACCACUUUUAAAUUUAAGGCCAGUGUAGCCGAGCUUAAAGAAUAGCUGACUCAGGAUUUUUUCCAGCUUAGUUAUUUUGUCAUUGAAUUUAGAAUUCACUUUGCAUUCACUUUAAAUUCUCACUUUUGUAAAUAACCCUGUUUAAUUCAUUCCCCUGGAUGAGAAGUAUAUUUGGGCUUGCUUAUGGUAAACUAAAAAACUGACUUACAAAACAUCAGUCAAAAUAACUGAAUUGAGAAAAAAAGAAAUUCUGUUUCAGCUUUCAUUCAGUUUAGCUAUUUUUUUGUUGUACUUUCAAAUCAUCAAACUUCACAGUACAGUAAAUAAAUUCAGUAUGAUAUAUAUGUACACAUGAGCAUUAUUAAAUCAUAUUUUUUUUUAAUUCUCCAAACAACAACCACAACAAAAAAGAUAUUAUAAGUUUAUUUAAUUCAAUCUAGAUUCCCGCGAGGGAACAUCUCCAUCGUCAAAUCUUAAAAAGUCACCAAAAUAUAAGAACGGAAAGAAAAUAAAAUAUCCUCCAAACAAACCAAGAAAGAAGAAAAGGAGGAUUAUUGUAGAAUAUGAAGAUGAUCUAGAAGGUAUUUAGUAAAGAUGGGCAAGUUUUGGAGCAGAGUUCCUGCACCAAAGGACAAAGAUUUGAGUCCAAAAGAGUGUCUCAAAUCUCUGCGCCCAGGUCAACUGAUGUACAAAGCAAUAUCUUGUUUUUGUCCUUAAAUGGUUUGAGCCUUCUGCUUUCUGAGAAAAUCUAAUAUCUAUUUGUGAAAAAGAUGUCAUUGAAGAGAGUCUGUAGGUCAAUGGCUGUUGUGGUCACUACAAGCUAUAGAAUACCCUUACUACUGAUGUCUCCUUCUUCCAAAGGUGUGAACAUUGGUAUUUCUGAAAUGUAUUGACAUCUUUCAGUUUCUUUCUCAAAUUCCCAAAACCUCCAAAAUAGGAAUCCUACCCUUUGUGUUCUUUGCAAUAAAUACAUGAACGUCUUUUCUACAUUGUACGAGUGAUAUUCAACCUUAUAACCUUCAUCUUCAACAGAUUGACUGUUUUUAUUCUUUGUCUGUGUGUUUUGUCAUUAAGAUGCCUUGUAACAAUAUUGCAUAUUGAUUUCAUAAAUUAGUGUAUACAAAUAAGUUUUGCUCCUCUAUAUAUGUACAAACAAAUAUAUAUAUAUAUAUAAUUAUUAAUUUAUUAUUAAUAUUGCGCCAGCACUUUAUUAUUUAUAUAUAAAUAAAUUGUCCGCACUCAAAGGACUUUGACCCUAUAGGGUCAUUAUCAAUAUAGGGCUUGAUAAUAACCACAUAGGGUCAAAACUUUAUUGUUUUUAGCAUGUAUUAGUAAAGUUUUGGUUACAUUGGAAAAAUCUGGUCAAAGUUUCAGUCGUACAACCAGGUCUUGAUAAAUGUCCUGGUAGUAGGACUAAAACAUUGAUCAGAAUGUUCAUAGGUGUCUAUAUUGAAAAUAAAGACUUUUUUUGGCAAAGUCCCUUGAGCGCUCUCUAUGUGAAGAAAUAUAUUGCAUGGUUGUAAAUUUCACUAUAGCAUCCAGACCAGAAUUGGUAAGUGAGAAGCUGCAAAAUUGGGUAUCUUGUGGGUGAACUAGAAUGACCCAUCGAAAAUUAUAUUACAUAUUAUUACAAAACAUUGAAAAUAAAUUAAGACAGAAAUAAAAUGAAUCAUGGUGGCAUGGAAGGCAACAGUUAUGAGUUCUAAUAUCAAAUAUCUUGGGUUAUGGGCAGGGCCGGUGCUAGGAUUUUUGACUACACAGGUGAAGAUGCAUUUUGACGCCCCUCCCCCCCAAAAAAAACCCAAUGCAUCUUCACCUCUGUGUCUCGUAGCCCCCCUUUUGAAUUUCUUACCCCCAUUAGUGUUGCAUAUCCACUCUCUUGAAUGUCUUACCCCUUUGGCCCCUUUGUGCCUUACACCCCCCUUUAGUGUGUCUCCUACAACCCCUCUUAUGUAUUUCUUACUUCCCUGCCAGCCCCUUUCUGUCUCUUUCUUCCCCCCAGGCCCUAUCUCUCUAUCUUUUUCUCCCAUAUAGAUAUAGAUACAGGCAAAAAUACAAACAUGCACAAAAACACAAACAUACAGAUACACAACCAUACAAGCACACAGAUAUAAUUAUUCAGGCACACAGUCACAAAGAUAUACAGACACACAGUCAAAAAAGGCACACAAUCAAACAAACACAGUCAUACAAUCUACACAUACAGGUACACUGUCAUACAAACACAGACAUACAUUCCUACAGACACAGGCACACAGAGAAAUACAGACACAGACAUAAAGAAACAUAGAGACAGGCAACACUCCAAUAGUAAGGAUGGUAUAUUUAUUGGUAGGUGAACCACCCCAUAGAAAGUGUGAUGUUUCUGCUCAGCAGAGCCUUAAUCAUGCAAUAAUUAAUCACUCAAUAAGGCUCUGCUGUUGCACUUUCUUUGGGGUGGUUCACCUAUCAAUAAAUAUGCCAUCCUUACUAUUGCAGUAUUACCUGCGUUUAUUCCUUUUGAAGACUUUACUGGUGGAUCCAGCGAUGUCCGUCUGACACAGAGCAUCCAUCACUGUGAAUGGUCGGAGCAUUUACACGGUAUCAGUGUGCAGGGUUAUUUGUUUGUCUGUGUAUGCCUUGUCUGUAUGUCUCUUUAUGACUGUCUGCGUAUGACAUACAGAUAAACUCACACUGACAUACAGACACACUGACACACAUAUACAUACUGACAGACAUACAGAUACACACAUACACAAUGAUAGACAUACAGAUUCACACACACACAGACACACUGACAGACAUACACAAACACACACACAGACACUAACAGACAGACAUACACACACACACACAAUGACAGACAUAUAGAUACACACAGACACACUGACAGACAGACAUAUACACACACAGACAGGCAUACACACAGAGACACACUGAAAGACAUACACACACAGACACUGACAGACAGACAUACAGGCACACUGACACACACACACACACUGACAGACAUAUAGAUACACACUGAUGGAUAUACACACUUUUCUAGCCAUUCUCCUGUUUCAUACUUUUUUGGGUUCAGGAGGGUGACUUACCUGGAUCCAAAGUGCUGCCUGAGGUAGUUGAGAGUUGGAGGAGUUGGUCCUGCCCAGCCCCCCUCCUCUCUGCCUUCUCCUGCUCUCGCUGCUCUAGUCUUCUUGGGAGGAAGUCCUCCCAUGCUUAGAAGAGGGCCGCAGUAGCUCCGCCCCUGCUGGGCGCCAGCCGCACUGUGUGCUACAGAGGGAGCAGAGAUAUGACGUGUUGAUAUCCCCGCCCCCUCCACACAGCCCGCGGCACUGCAGGUUGGCGCUCACAAGAAGUGACCGGCAGGAGAGGCCACCCCAGGACAUUUGCGCACCCGGGCCAGUGCGCCCUAAAGCGGCCGCCUGUGCCGCCUUAUGGACGCGCCAGUCUUGGUUAUAGGCCAAAAAAGUCACUCAGCUCCUGCUGGUGCACGUAUAAACAGUAUAAAGAAACCCUAAAUUAAAAAAAUAACAACAAUAUAGUAGAUAUAAUCCCAAAGAAAAUAUGCAUAUGAUUUGUUUUGCAUUGUUUCUUUGGGGGUAUAUGAAAUUUUGGCUUGCAAUACCUUCAGAUCUAAUAUCUGCAGCUACUGCGAGUUCUUCCAUUCUUCCUCCCAGCACAGACUUUCUGUGUCUGUCUAAUAACAGAUUUAUUUAUUUAUAAAAUGAAAAAAAGAGGGGACACACUUGUUGCCAUUUAAUAAGGUUUAUGAUGUUUAAUGGGAAUAUUUAAUAAACAAUAAAAAAAUAUAUAAAUUAUACAGGGUUCUUUGUAUAGUUUGGUCAGAUUAGAUAUUAAACCAUUACUUACGUAAAUUUAGGACACUGACAUUUUGCCUAACACUACUUGAUUGUUAAACCUACUACUUUUAUUUAUUUUUUAAUUUAAUUUUAAAAUGUUUAAAUAACUAUACUUUUAAUUCUGUUGCAGACCCUGAUCAAGAUCCUGAAACAUCCAAACCUAGAUCCCCUCCAAAGAAUAAAAAGAAGCCUGCCAAAAAGCCUAAGAAAAACCCCAAAAAGAAAAAGGUUCUUGCAGAAUCAGAAGAAAAAAUUGAAGGUAAGGAAACCUAUAGUUUAUUAAAAGUACAGUAACCACUGUAGCGUUAUGAAUUCAUAUGUCUUCCUAUUGCUAGAGUCUUGGAGCCCCUUAUCAUAUUGCGCCCCCUAACUGUGCAAAAAAUCGAAAGAAAUGAAAAUGAAAACUUUUCUCCAGCACCGAGUCUCCCUCAGACCUCCUGCAUCCUCCUCCUCAGGUUGUAUCAUCCUACAGGUGGGACAAUCCAAUGCUCCUCAUAGAGGAGCACUGGGGAUUGUAUGAGCCAUGAUGCGCCUACGAUUCCUCCAUAGAAAAUGGUCGACUGUGAUGGCAACAUUGUGAAGUAAGAUUCCUAGCUCUCAUACCCAGAGGGCUUGGAGACGUGGCUGGAAAUCGCUCUUCCAAGCUUUUUUAAUCAGUUUAAUAUUGGGAUUUGGGGGAUAGUACAGGGACGUGGACAGGCACCAGCCUGAUUAAGUAAAUGGUCCAGUUCUUACCUAUGGGGACCAUCACGAGUGAUGACCUACAUUUGUGUCCAGUCCCAGGAAUUGAAACACUGAACUAAUCAAAUAUCAUAUUUCCAUUGCAGAAUCUGAAGAAAAUGUGUCAUCUUCAUCCUUCUCUUCUUCGUCUUCUUCCUCGAGCGUGAAGGGAAGCAAAACUACCAAAAAGCUUUCAAGGAAAAAUCUGAAGAAAAACAAACCAGGAGAUGAAGAUAACCCAGAUGAUGGUAUGAAAGAUGUUCUGCUGAACAGAACUUUGAUCUCAAGGAACAUAUAUGUCAGUGUAAGGGAAGGAACUUUAAAACUGGCUAGUGGAAGUUGUAGCAGAACAAUUAUAGUUACACGCUUUCACCGUUAAUGUAUCCACAAAGUUCUAUCGUAUUUAUUAACCCCUUAAGAACACAUGACGGAAAUAUUACAUCACAAUUCCCUUUUAUUCCAGAAGUUGUGGCCUUAAGGGGUUAAAGGUGAAGAUAUAUUGAUUACCUUAUUGUAUAAGAUCAUUUAUGUUUCAUCAAACGAAGUAAGGUUUCAAAUAUUUAUUUCAGCAGCCAGCUAAUUUUGUUUCAUAAUUUUUUUUUUUUUUUAAAUGAGGCUUAAAUAUCCAAACAAAAAUUAGAGUAUGUUUCCAUGGUUUUGUUGCCAGAUUCAACCAAAUUAUCAGUGCAGGUAGGGACUUAAAUUGGGGACAGCGAAAUCCUUUGUGCAUUCCUUUGCUACCCUUGUGUGGUUAAGUGGAUUAUCACAUCACUGGAGAGUAGAAAACUUAUAUAGGAGAACUUGUACCUGUUCUCAAGAAAUACAAAAUAAAACACAUGCAUUUACAUAAUUUAUUAGGGUACAGGUAUUUGUAUUAUAUUGGUAUAAAUAUAUUUGAUGGGUAUACCUGUACAUGUCAGAAUCCUUUAGAUGAAUAUCACAGAAAUAAAAAAUGGCUGAUUACAGAUAAAUGGAGUGGAAUGAUGAAGGAAGAGUAUUUAAUAGAUAGUCUCACCUUGCCGACUGACUUACCUAGUCAAAAUAUAUGAUUUCCCUGCUUUUUACAAUGAGGAAAUCUUCCCAUGGGAAUUUAGAAUUAAGCACUAAUAUUCUGCAACAUUUUCAUAAAACUCCCUUAAUAUGUAUAUCCGUUUCCCAAAAUGUUUCUCUCUAAAUAAUAAUGCAAUUAUUCAAAAUCACUGAUUUAAUCACUGACAUUACUCUAAGACAAUAUUCUUAUAACAAAUUAACUGGUGGGAGCAUGCAAAAAUCAUAUUCUAAAUAUUACAGAACCAAAAAAGAAACGUCCAACACCUGUAGAUGAUGAAGGCAAACCCAAGAAGCCCAGAAGACCAAAAAUGAAAGAAGAGGAGGAUGACCCAGAAAAUCCAGAAACUCCACCAGAAGGUUAGAACUUUAUUUUGUUACUACAGAUGGCACGAGAUAAAGGCAUCCAAUACAACCCAGUUGAUUUAAACCAAAUUACGAAAAUAGUCCUUCAAACACAUAACAAGACAAGAUGUGUAAUUACGUGGGACACUUUAUAAUCAUUUCAGCAGCUUAACUGAUAUUCAUAUCAAAUGGUGUGAAUUUUUAGACUGCAAGCCACAGUGAAAUUUGCUUAAAAGGGGAAAUGUCACAAGUGGAACAACUAAAGGUUAGCUGUUAGAUGUGCUUAUGUACAUUUAUUUAUUUCUCAACUGGAUCUACUUUGACCUGUGCUACUGUGUAUGCAAAUUUCAAUGCCUUAGUUUAAAGGACCUCUCCAAGCACUGUAACUACUACAAUCAGCUGUAGUAGUUGUGGUACCAUGAGUGCCCCGGCACCCCAUCCCAAGAUAUAUAAAAUUCCUGUGUCCUGGUGGGUACCCACAGCCCUUGUUUCUGCAGUUCUUCUACAUGGAGUGUUCUUUUAAUUGAGUGUUUGAAGUUAUGUCAUUCCCGAAGCAUGUUACAUUACAAAUUAUUCCUAGUACAUCAACAUUGUUGUUGCUGAAAGUUUGCUGCCUCUUUCUUUGCAACCUUCAACUACCCCAACUGAAGAAUGAACCAUUACCGCAUGUGGCUUAGUCAUUAAACUGGGACAUGGGGAAAAUCAACAAAAGAAUUGCAAAGUUUAACAGAGCUGGAAAAAAAUAGCUUGGAAAUGUGAACUUGAAUUUGAGAAUUACAAUUUGUGUGUAUAUAUAUACUGUAUUAUAUGUUUAAUUCCUUGAUAGUUUCCCAACAAUUCCUGGUUUAGUGAAUAACCCUUAGAAGGUGAUAUAGAAACAUUGUGAGUGUAUUAAUAUCAAAUGUAUGUUUAUAUUAACAUUUACAUCACUCUUGGCCUGCUGUAUUCUUUAGGAAGUUUGCCUGGGUUAAGGUUUGUCCUUUAGAUUUUGUUUUAGAAAGGAAUAUGAACAAUUCCUUCUUGGGUAAUAUGUUUUAAAGUUUUUUUGUAUCAAUGUCCAUAAUUAGGCUAGAGUUCUGUGCCAGGUAUUCAUAACAUGUAUAUGUUCUCAAAGAUCCAAAUCACAAAGAUGGCAAACCUAAAAAUCCUAAAGACAAGGAUAGAGACGAACCAGAGGAUCCAGAUAGACUCCCAAAAGGUAAGGUUUAGUUUAAUGAGUGCAUGCACCUUACACCCUAUAAAAGCUAUCGUAAGGAUGAUCAUUAUACCUCCUUCCAACGACUCUUUAACAUAGGCAUUCUUAAUCUUAGGUUCAGAACUCAAAUCUGAGGUCCCCAACAUUGGAACAGACACAUCAUAUCUUUUAAAGCCCAAAUUGCCCACAAAUACAUGGUUUACUAUAGGUGACAUUUCCUUUUCCAGUGUAAUGGAGAUCCUCUUGACAUUUCGAAGAGAGCUUUUCUGAAUUUGUUGUAGUGUUUAUUAUACUACAAAUUAAGAACUCUUUACUUGUGCUAAUUUUACACCUUAAAGAAUUGAUCAUCAAGCUAUUGUUAGGUAUAUAAUUUACUACGUGAAACCGUAAAGGGCAAGAUUAGCCUUAUAUAUAUUGUUUACCAUGUUUGGGAAUCUUUAGUAUUCACUAUACACAGCCCCUAGUUCUUAAUAAUAACUACAGAGCAUAUGAGAAAAAAAAAAUAAGAAGAAUAAAUAAACCAAUCAAUGUUUGCUACAGUUCAUUCAUACUCUUAAUUAAUGAGACUGUAUGGCACUCAGGGAGUACAAAAUCUAUAUAUCUCACCAGACCACCAGGAAUCAUAAAAUAACCUUAGUUUAGUAUAAUAUACCCAGGGCAGAAUGACAGGACAUGAUCUAAUUUUAUGGAUCAGGAUUUGCAAUCUGUUUUAUUCUCCUAUAGAAGUUGCUUCAAGAUCCAAAACAUUAUUUAUAUCAACAUUUAAAAUAAAAAAUAAAAAAUAGAUGUUAUAGUUUAGGCUACUUGAGCUCAGGAUGAUUUCAAGAGACCUAAUCUGAAUUUAUGCCCAUUUAUUCAUUAAAAUAAUAUUUUUUUUUAUCAUUACAGAACCAAAUCAACCUGAUGGCAAGGAAGACAAACCAAAGAAACCUAAUGAAGAUGAUGAUCCAGACAGAAACCCAAAAGGUUAGGACGUAAUAUAAUAUAGUAGUAUGAUGUAAAUAUACAGAAAAAAAUAUGAAACGAAAAACACUCUACUUUAAAAAGAUCACAAAAUAGUAAUAGCAUGAUUCUAAAAAGAUACAUUUAUAUCUGUUGAAAUCACACUUGUGAUUUUGCUUGGAACUAAACCAGCAAUGAUGGGGUAUUGACAAGGGACCUUGAAACUUUUCAGUUAUGGAACAACUUGUUUGUCAAUUGAUGCAAACUAAACAAAGAUAAAAUUAAAUAUAUAUAUAAAAAAAAUUGCGCAUGUGUCCUCUAUCGAUAAGUGAAAAUAAUGUUUUUAAAAUAAUAGAAUCAAUGUAUUUUAAUGUACACCUUUUACACCAAACUGUUGUACACCUUAUAUACCUGACAAAUUCCCAAAAUAAAGAAUUAAACAAAAUAAAAAUAACAGAACAAAAUCAGGGGUUACCUAUUGAUAGGUAAGAAACCUAAAACCCAAGAUCAAGAUGACAAGAAAGGAGAGGACACUGAUGGAAUGUCCUUAUCUGAAUUCAUAUCCUCCAUGGAUAUAUUAAAAUAAUUAUUUUAGGGGGCGUGGCCUAGCAGCAAGCAGCUCCUAACGGAAUGGAACAUUUCAAUACAAGAUGCUCCCCCAUCAACUGCAGAUGGUGGACCUCCCAAAAGGAGGAAGAGGCAACCACGCUCCGCAACUACACAAGGGCGCCCCUAGCAGAGACCUACCUAUACUCAUGUGUGGGUGGACCAGCUCUCAAAAAGGACAGGUCGUAUGCUCUGUCCAUGUUUAAACACACUUACUCCUUUACAAUCAGAAUGCUGGACUUAAAGCAUAAAUGCACACUGUCAUGGCGAUACCAGAGCCCUGACUGAUUGCUCUCGUAAUUAUACAUUGUAAAAAUGUUUGUUCUUAAUUCAUAUACUCACCCCCAUAGUGGCUUCCAUAUUAGAGCCACAAUAGAAACCGUUACACCAAGCACUGCACCGCUAAGGUGCAGUGAAUGUAAUGUUGUACAUAAUUACUUUUUGGUUCAGACAUUUUAUUAUGUUUUCUUUUUCUUCAAACCCAACAGACCAUAAGUCCCAUGCUCCAAUUCUAUUAUAACACCAUAAUGAGAGGUACACAGGUACCUUCUGGCAGAGGCCAGAAAAACCCUAAGAAACCAAUAGAUAAAAGUCAAUUAUACCUUCUACAAUUAGUCCACAACCUAUACCACUUCUAUAAUGGUACUUAAAUUCUGCUCCUUAAAUGCCAAAGGGCUAAAUUCCCCCCAUAUAUGCUGAUGAGCCCUACACGAGGCGAAAUCCCUAGGUGCUCGUAUAGUGUUCCUUCAAGAGACGCAUUUCAAAUGGGGCAACCGACCUAAAUUUAACUCCCCAGCAUAUCCUACAGAUUACCACUCAUGCUACGCAACCAAAAAGAGAGGGGUAUCCAUUCUUAUCAGCAAGGAUGUAGCAUUCUCUUUAAUACGCAAAAUAGGGGAUAAGAAUAACAAUAUUUAUACCCUGAUUAAUGUAUAUGGACCUAAUACUAACCAAUGUGAUUUUGUAGAUGCACUACUUGGAUUGGUGUCUGCGCAUGCAUUGGGGGAGGUAAUCAUUGGAGGUGGCACAAAUUUUCUAUUAGAUAGUGACUUAGACUCCUCCCGAGGUCCAAAAUUGGCCGCCCAAACGGUAAAGAGCAGGUCCAAGCUGACCUCGCGAAUAUGCAACAAACUGAAUACACACAAUCUCGCAGACCCGUGGCGGGUUACACAUCCCACAGAGAGAGACUAUACGUACCACACAGCGGUCCACAACAGUUAUUCUAGAAUAGACAGAUAUUUAAUCCACACUUCCUCUCUCACAAAGGUUGAGCACACUGACAUUGGUUUAAUCUCCUGGUCAGAUCAUGCCCCUAUCACCUUAUCAUUAAGAGAACAAUUCCCCAGCACAGGAAGAGGCAGCUGGAAACUGAAUGAACAAUUGCUCGCAGACCCCGAAGUGGUCAAGCAAAUAGAACAGGAACUGCAACACUACUUUAAGGAGAACAAAACCCCAGACUCGCCCCUUGUACAAAUCUGGCUGGCACACAAAGCCUUCAUAAGGGGAUGCUUUAUUAAACACGCCAGUUACCCAAACCAGGUAAAUCUAAAGACCAAUGUAAAAACUUCAGGCCCAUCUCCCUACUAAAUAGCGACGCCAAAAUCUAUGCAAAAUUGUUUAGUGAAAUAUUAGCACCACUCAUGCAUAAGCUGGUCCCCAAUGACCAGUCGGGGUUCGUGAGGGGGCACCAGGGCUCUGACAACUCACGGAAGGUGCUGAAUAUGGUAGCGGGGAUGGAGGGGGAGCAACUCGGGGGUCUUUUCUUGGUGCUGGACGCUGAAAAGGCCUUCGACAGACUAAAUUGGCAUAUGACAAAGGUACUAACCAAAUAUAAUUUCCCCGAGGAGACCAUCAGGGGCAUAAUGGCACUAUACGCAAAACCCAGGGCUGACCAUACGCACUCUUAAAUCCGCCUUUGAUCUGGACUGGCGGUCGACAUACAUAAUGUAUUUGGGAGUUAAAAUUGCCACUUCAAUUGACAAUGUAGUGAAACUUAACUACAAACCCCUUAUACAGCUAUGCAUCACAGAGACACUAAAAUGGAAAACUGCAAAUCUUUCAUGGUUGGGACGUGUAAAUACAUAUAAAAUGAUGCUAUUGCCGAGAUUGCUGUAUAUAUUUCGCAUGCUCACUAUAGACAUCCCCGCAGCAAUCUAUAAAUGUAGCAAUCUUAAAUAUACAGAAAAAAAUAUUAAAAUAUAAAAAGAGAACACUCUCUUUUGAAAUGAUUACAACAUGGUAAUAGCAUAAUUCUAAAAAGAUGAGUUUCUAUCUGUUGAAAUCACGCAAUGUUGAUUGGAAUGUAUUCACUAAACCAUCAAUAGUGAAGAAUUGACAAGGGGGCCUUGAAGCUUCUCAGUUAUGCAACAGCUUGGUUGUCUUAGCUUAAAUGUUUUAGUUUGGUUUUCAAUUGAUGGAAACUACACAAAAAUAACAUAUUUUCAAUUCCUUGCUCAUUCCCCAACAAUUCCUGGUUUAAUGAAUAACCCGUAUAAUGUGAUGUAGAAACAUUUUGAGUAUAUUAAUAUCAAAUGUAUGUUUAUAUUAACAUUUAUAUCACUCCAGGCCUGGCGUAUUCUUUAGGAAUUAUAUAUUUAUGUCCUUAUCUGAAUUCAUACCCAUCGAUAUAUUAAAAUAAUUAUUUUAUAAUCACAGAACCAAAUCAACCUGAUGGCAAAGAAGACAAACCAAAGAAACCUAAAACUCCAAAAGACGGGGAUGAAGAUGAUGACCCAGACAGAAACCCAAAAGGUUAGGACGUAAUAUAAUAUAGUAGUAUGAUCUAAAUAUACAGAAAAAUUAUUAAAAUAUAAAACGAAAACACUCUCCUUUGAAAUGAUCACAAAAUAGUAAUAGCAUGAUUCUAAAAAGAUACAUUUAUAUCUGUUGAAAUCACACUUGUGAUUUUGCUUGAAACUAAGCCAGCAAUGAUGGGGUAUUGACAAGGGACCUUGAAACUUUUCAGUUAUGGAACAACUUGUUUGUCAAUUGAUGGAAACUAAACAAAAAUAAAAUGAAACAUAUAUAUGUAUAUUUUUUGUGUGCAUAUAUCCUCUAUCGAUAUGUGAAAAUAAUGUUUUUAAAAUAACAGAACCAAUGUAUUUUAAUUUUAAUAACCUUUUACACUGAACUGUUCAACACCUUAUGUACCUGAAAAUUUCACAUAAUAAAGAAUUAAAACAAAAUAAAAAUAACAGAACAAAAUCAGGGGUUACCUAAUGAUAACGACGGAAGACAUAAGAAACCUAAAACCCAAGAUCAAGAUGACAAGAAAGGAGAGGACACUGAUGGAAUGUCCUUAUCUGAAUUCAUAUCCUCCAUUGAUAUAUUAAAAUAAUUAUUUUAUAAUCACAGAACCAAAUCAACCUGAUGGCAAAGAAGACAAACCAAAGAAACCUAAAACUCCAAAAGACGGGGAUGAAGAUGAUGACCCAGACAGAAACCCAAAAGGUUAGGACGUAAUAUAAUAUAGUAGUAUGAUCUAAAUAUACAGAAAAAAAUAUUAAAAUAUAAAAAGAGAACACUCUUUUGAAAUGAUUACAAAAUGGUAAUAUCAUAAUUUUAAAAAGAUACGUUUAUAUCUGUUGAAAUCACACAAUGUUGAUUGUUUGGAAUGUAUUCGCUAAACCAUCAAUAGUGAAGAAUUGACAAGGGGGCCUUGAAGCUUCUCAGUUAUGCAACAGCUUGGUUGUCUUAGCUUAAAUGUUUUAGUUUGGUUUUCAAUUGAUGGAAACUACACAAACAUAACAUUUCAUAUAUAUAUAUAUAUGUCCUUAUCUGAAUUCAUACCCAUCGAUAUAUUAAAAUAAUUAUUUUAUAAUCACAGAACCAAAUCAACCUGAUGGCAAAGAAGACAAACCAAAGAAACCUAAAACUCCAAAAGACGGGGAUGAAGAUGAUGACCCAGACAGAAACCCAAAAGGUAAGGACUUUAUAAUUUAAAUAUUUACAAAAUUGUAUUAAAAUAUAAAAAUGCAAACAAUCUCAGGGGAUGUGUCCUGCCCUUGAGCUGAAAGGACACACAAAAGUGAAGAUCAACUAUCACCCAGCUUUAAACAACGGCUAAACCUUGACGAGACAUCGCAAAAAUAGCACAAUCUGCUGGAGAUGGCACACAAUAAAACGAGGAAGAUCUUAAAGGCAAAUUGCUUUACGGCCUAAGGCUCCCAGAGAUAAACACAUGCCAAAAAGGACAAGUGGAUCAGUGCUGAGUGACCAAUCAGUGAAUAUAUUUGCUUUAAAAAAUGGACAGCAAACCUUAUGUAUGGGGCUCCCUCACAAACUCCAGAAAGAAGAAAAAAACAGUAAGAUAAAAAUAGGUUGUGCCGAAAAAAACGUUAAAAUGGAGUAAAUGACCAACUAAUGAAAGAUAAAAUACAGUAUUGAAAUUAUAGAAAUUGAAAAAUACAAGUUACAAAACAAACAAUAAAAAGAGUCCAAUAUUUUAAAAUUAGUAAAAAGUCUAAACUUUGAUGUACAGCAAAUAAGAAAAUGGAGUAAACUUGUAUUUUACCAUUUUUAUUAUCUCAAUACUGUAUUUUAUUAUCUUCCAUCAGUUGGUAAUUUACUCAAUUUUAACGGUUUUUCAGCACAACCUAUUUUUAUUUUACUGUUAAACACAUGCCAAGCCUAGCCAAGAUAGCAGUGAGGAAGAACAGGAAUCUCCUCAAAGCCCGCACACAAAUGAUGGCUUAUCUUUCUCUCCCGGAUGUGCUAUCUGACAACAGCGGUUAGUGAGAUUAAGAAAGAUAUUCAACCCAACCCUACAUUGGGAAAUGCAAAUAAUUGUUAUUGUUCUUGUAUAUAUGUUGAUUGAUGUAAUGCUUCAUUUGUUUGUUAUGAACACCUGUUACGUUAGUGUUCAUCACCGUCCAACCCACCCCACCCAUCCCACCCCCACCAGUAGGGUACUAAAACCCAGGGUACUGAACAAAGCUGAAGAGCAUGGGCAGCAAAGAGGGAACACAAGCACGCAGGGGAAACCGCAGGAAACCCAGUCGGCCGAUUGGACCAGGGGCGGCAAAGACACGACACAAAAGUACAGUCUCAGGGCUAACGGGAGAGUAGGAAGGAAUACAGGGAGAACCCAGCCAGAUAUAGGUCCGCAUUGCCAAACAGCAAUAUACCCCAUAAAACAUGAAAAUAUAUUGCCAUAACGUAAAAGGGUUAAACAUCCCAGUCAAAAGACACUGCCUAGUCCGGGAUCUGCGCAGAGUACGCCCAGAUGUGGUAUGCCUACAAGAAACUCACCUCAAGCAGACGACGACCAUAGCGCAGGCAUACUUCCCCACGCAGUACCAUAGCACCUAUACGUCCAAAACAAGGGGGGUGUCAGUCCUAAUCAGUAAGGAUGUGUCCUUUAAGCUGAUAUAUGAACACGUAGACAAUCAAGGGCGAUACAUAAUAUUGGUCUGCGAAAUUAACAACGCGGAAUACACGAUAAUCAACAUAUACGCACCAAACACAAACCAAAGAAACUUCUUACAUAAAUUGCUCACACAGCUAGCACACCUACAAAGGGGAAUCACUUUCAUAUGUGGGGACAUGAAUCAUAUUCUGGACCCACGAUGGGACACGUCGGUCCCAACCCACACACCUAGAGCGGCAACACUGACGCGGGAAUGCAAACCUCUAACACGACUGAUGAGUGCGCACGAUUUGUAUGAUGCAUGGAGAGUGCUGCACCCGGAGGAGAGAGACUUCACUUUCUUCUCCCAAGCGCACAACACUUACUCACGCAUAGAUGGGUUUUACAUAAAAGGCACAUUCCUCAACCAACUAAAGGAUUGCUCCAUAGGCACCAUCACGUGGUCAGACCACGCCCCUGUCACCUUAGAACUACAUGACGCUUAUGAAUAUCGCCCUGGCGGCUCAACGAAUCGAUACUACACAACGAGCAGUUCGGCGAGCAAUUAGCCGAAGAGAUUAAGCAGUACUUUAAGACGAACACACACCCAGACACCUCCCCUGAAACCCUAUGGCUAGCACAUAAACCAGUAAUCAGAGGAUUGAUCAUAGGGAAAACCAGCGCGUUAAAGCAGAAAUCACAAGCAAAACUAAAGGAACACUUGACAGCCCUCUACCGCCUUAAUAAGCAAAACCAAUUGACCCCAACACCGCUGUUAAAAACACUAAUACAAGAAAAGUUAGAGGAAAUCAAGACACAUGACCUGGCGAAGAUGGGAUUUAGCCUUAGGAAACUCAAAGCAACACAAUACACACAGGGGAACAGGGCAAGCAAACUUUUAGCCAGACGACUAACACAACAAAGCAUAAAGGCAAAAAUCCCAUACCUGCUGAACUCACACGGGGAAAAAAAAGUGACACCAAAAGAAAUAAGCGACAUUUUUGCCGAAUACUACACGACACUGUACAAUCUAAAGCAAGACCCUAACACAACACAUCCAACUCCUGGACACAUAGAGCGCUACUUGGACAACAUAACCCUACCCUCUCUAUCGGAGGAGCAAAUAGAAUCCCUACAAGUCCCCAUCACCACAACGGAAGUCCUGCAAGCCAUCACACGCUUACCCCCCGGGAAAGCACCCGGCCCUGACGGUCUUACGAACACAUAUUAUAAGAAAUAUGCGGGAAUACUAGCGCCACACCUGGCACACCUGUUUAACGCAGCAACCCAAAAAGGAGAGGCGCCUGCGGAAAUGCUGGGGGCCCACAUAGUCACUCUACCCAAACCAGGAAAAACCCCCACCUGCAGUCAAAACUUUAGACCAAUUUCAUUGCUCAACACUGACACUAAACUAUAUGCUAAAAUCCUAGCCACUAGACUGACCCACAUCAUCCCCACAUUAAUACAUGACGAUCAAGUGGGCUUCACCACUGGGCGACAAGGGUCGGACAAUACAAGAAAAGUAGUGGACCUAAUGCAGUGCUUACUCCGUAGCCGGGGGGGGGGGUCCUCCUAUCCCUGGAUGCGGAAAAGGCGUUUGACCGUCUAAACUGGUCUUUCCUGCAAGCUGUACUCCAAAAAUACAAGUUCCCCCAGGGAUUCCUGAGGGCAGUACAGGCAUUGUACUCCCACCCCACAGCUAGAGUACUCAAUGCAGGGUUUAUAUCUAAACACAUCACAAUAACCAAUGGCUCUCGACAGGGCUGCCCCCUAUCCCCGCUAUUGUACAUCCUAGCGCUGGAGCCACUGGCAGCAGCGAUAAGAGCAAACCGGUCCAUAAAGGGUAUAACCCUGGGAGACAGAGAGUAUACACUCAACCUUUUUGCAGACGACAUCCUUGUAACGAUCACACACCCCCUCACAUCCCUGCCAAAUUUAAUGACACAAAUACGUGAAUAUGGGGAGGUCUCGUACUACAAGCUGAAUAUCACCAAGACGCAAGCUCUAGGGAUAGGACUUAACGCGGACCUAUUGGGCAGGUUACAGACGGCAUUCCCGCUGGACUGGAGAAAUGACUACUUGACGUUUCUGGGACUUAAGCUAUCCAAAAACCCAGCACACCUUUUUAAACUAAACUACGAGCGCAUACAAACAGAAAUCAUAGACACCAUACAAAAAUGGAGAGGUAAAUUUCUUUCGUGGACAGGCCGCAUAGCAGCGGUAAAGAUGACACUCAUACCUAAAAUCCAGUACCUAUUUAGAACACUACAAAUACCCGUCCCGAAAGCGUACAACACUCAUUAAGCACAUUCGUCUGGGAAGGGAAAAAGGUACGAGUAGCAGCAGGAACACUACACCAAACAGUGAGCAAAGGCGGGCUGGGUCUGCCAAACCUAACAACGUACUGUAGGGCAGCUUAUCUACACAACAUAGCCCAAAUUAACCGCCCGGCCCAAGCCCCGCAGUGGGUAGCAAUAGAAUCCCACUGGGCCCCACAACACAACCUCAGGGCGAUACUAUGGCUACAGAAGUGCCCCAAACACAUAAGAGAAAACCUGCUACCCAGCACACAGAACUUGAUGAGGGUAUGGAACACAAUGAGAAACAAUUUGGUGUCCAACCCCAAAUUACCCCUGGCCACACCAAUACAAACAAUAGGCAUGGAAAUACCUACAUUCCGUGAAGACACCUGGAAGAGAGGGGGAAUACACCACAUAUACCAGGUCAUUGACAGAGGCAAACUGAAAACACUACCAGAUAUACAAACGGAAUACACACUGCCCACCACAAUCGCAUUUUCCUACCUGCAACUUAAAUCAUAUAUAACAGGCAAACUAAGCAAACAACCGGGUAUAGCAGAUGAAGCAACCAUGACGGUUUUUGAAAAACAAUGUGUAGGAAUAGCACCACUAAAGAAAUCAAUGUCAUGGGGAUACCAUAAGUUAACCCUAACACAAGCGCAUACACUAGAACAGAUCAAGAGAGACUGGCACAGGGAAAUAGGUCAGACAUUCCCAAGGGACAUCUGGGAGAGGUCCUACUCGGUCCACAGAGGACUAACAGCGUGCGCAUCGCAUUUGGAACUGCAACGCAAAAUUAUGUACCGAUGGUACCUAGUGCCCGCAAAACUACAUGCCAUAUGGCCGCACACAAGUAACAAGUGCUGGAGGUGCGGGGGGGAGGUAGGCACGAUGCUUCACAUCUGGUGGUCCUGUGACAAAAUAAGCCCAUUUUGGGAAGCGGUGUCCACACUCCUGAACGACAUAACGCAUAAUAUAAGGGUAGACACACCACAAGAAUGCCUAUUAUUCAUGCUACCAACCAACAUCCCAAAACAUCUUAAAAUCAUUAUAUACCACACACUAAUAUCAGCGAACUUGCUGAUAUCCAGGCUAUGGAAACAAACCACAACACCAUCAAUAGCCGAGUUGAUGAGGCAAAUGGACCUUAAUUGGUCUUAUGAGUUAAUGGCAACGACACAAUUCGGAACCCGCCCGUGUAUAAGGGAAGCCCACGAGAUGUGGGAAAAAGGCAAAAAACCCGCAAACGAGUAACAAGAUAUAACACCAGCCCCCUCGUCCCCCCCCGUCCCCCUUCCAAUCAUCCAUGCCAGGGAAUGCUGAACGCACCACACAGUAAAGGAUACAUAGCGAAGUAUCGAACAUCAACAUGUAAUCACAGGAGAGGGGGGAAGAGAGGGAAAAAAAAAUAAUAAAAAAAAAAAAGAAUAACCGCAACCUAAUAACAAGGCACAAACACCACCGGGAAACGAGACAAUUAGUAAUCUGGCCAGGUACGCAACAAAAUACCUUCACCCAAAAGGACUCUAGUACCCGAAACUAAAACAGACCAAAACAAGGGUAGAACUAUGUGACGCAUCAAAAAGUGUAAAAUGUGUAAUAAAGUUAACAAACCAACCGCUGUAACCUGCAACUUGUACCCUGCACCCCUCCCUUUAUCUUUUGUAUCCCAUUACCCCACCCAUACUGUUUUGUGAUAUGUAAUUGACUAAACCAAAACACGAAUAAACUUCAAGUUGUAAAAAAAAAAGAAAGAUAUUCAAGACCUAGGUGCAUGAACAUCUCCUGAAUACUCUAAAUUGGCUGAAUUUGCAGUAGCCCAUGACAGGCUAGCAGACAAACUGCAAUAACUAGAAGACCAAAUGGAACAUUAUAAAAUAAAGAUUGCGGAUAUGGAAGACAGAAGCAACAAUGUUAGACUGAAGUAUAUACCUGAGACAGUCCUCCAGGCUGAAAUGCGGUCUUACGUGCAAGGUUUCAUUCAAGAUUAGGCAGUGUACAUUGCCACAGAUAAGCUCCUGUGAGACCAGAUACAGGGUUCCAAAACGCAGACCCCUUCCAGCAUCGAUCCCUAGAGUUGAACAAGUUAUAAUACGAUCAGGCAAAAAUACAAAGAAUCUGCUGACGGAAUAUCAAGGCAUACAACUUUAUGCUGAUUAAUCAGCACCCACCCCUGCGCAAGUGGAGAAUGCUUAAAGAAACCACAGACUCUGUGUAAUACUUCUUGGUGAAAAUUUUAUUUGGAACUCAACUGCAGGUGAACAAAUAAAUUUGAAGCUGUCACAUUAAGAAAUUAUAAUUUAUUUAAAUAAAGAAAUUUAACUUUGGCAGACUUCUGCAGCAAUAAGGUUUUGAAAUAAUGCAUGAAUGUUUGUAAUCUUCUUUCAAAAUUGCAUCACAAGAAUAUAGCAUAUAUAUAUAUAAUAAGGAAAUGCUUAAUUAGCAAUACAGUCCAUAGACUUCAAUAUAACGUUUGACAGUGCGGGUGAGUUGAUUCCUGUUGUAUGAAAUAAUACAGUCCUUUUGAAAAAAGACAACAAAAUCUGGUAAUUAGUUAGAUCCUGUUUGCACAGUGGUUAUAGUCCUUUAGACUCCAAAUAAUAAUGAAUAAAACAAUUGAAGAGUGAGUAAUUGGUUUAUGAGACUUUCAAUUAGAAUAUGCAAAUGUUAUCCCAGAAGCAGAUUUAGUAAUUCCUUAUCCUUCCCAAAUAACUUCAGUAAAGAACCUAUUGUUAAUCCCAAUAAGUGGAGAACUUAUCUUGCAUUGAGUGAUGAGUAUGAGAGUCCUUCCAGGAUAGAGUGGAUUAUGGUUCCUUGAGGUAUGUGGCGAAAGGCAGGAAUCAGAUGUGAAGUCUUGUUCCAAGUCAGGGAGUCGAGAGUAGAGCAUAGUCAGGAUCAAGCCAAGAGGCUGGGUACACAGGAAAUCAAUUAGAAGCUCCGUCGAUAAAUAGCAACAAGGUAGCAAGUACGUGAGAGUAUCAAACACAGGAAAACAUUGGUUGAGCCAUUUGGACACAGUCGCAGCUUCCUUUUGAAGGAAAGCGCGUGAUAUCAGACGCAUGGGCUGAGAUAGAUCGGUGAACCCGGAAGUCAUACGGGUAGUGCUGAUCUGGCUGAAAUCAAACAUCGAGGAAUUCUGAGAGAAUAGGGAGGAAUCCUGACACUCUGUGAGGCACCACCACAUUCCUUGCAGAUGGAGCUUUCCUGUAUACUUGAUCAAUCAGCAGAAUGGCAGCACAGCUACAGUAGCCUCUCAGGAAGGAGGAAGUGAAUUGCUAAUUUCCUGGGGACUGCCGUUGACAUCAUCCUGCCCAAGUUAAACUGAGCUACAGCAUCUCAGGCAAGAAAGUGAUGAUCUUCAAAAAUAUAUGGAAUGAAUUUGCAACUUUUUAUGCCAUAUUGCACAAUUUAAAAGAUGACUCUACUUCCCACCAACCUAAUACUGCAGGUAUCAAAGAGUAUUUAGAUUCAUUAGACUUAAUAUCUUUGUCCCACGUUCAAGCAAAUAUUUUAGCAGAACCAAUAACCACGGCAGAAGUGGAAAACAAAUAUUAAAUCUUUGUCAAAAGGGAACGCCCACCUGUUGUGGCACUCCAAAACCUGGAGACCCCAACGCAAUGUCCAAACUUCCAACUAUUAUGGAAUUUAGAUGCUAAAAUUUUGGCAAAAGUCUAUACAGCCAGGCUAAGCCAGAUUACAUCUCACCUCAUUAAUAAUGAUUAGUUGGGGUUUGUGACAGGGAGGCAGGGAUCAGACAAUUCUAGGAAAGUGCUAGAUCGCUUAAACAGAUUAAGGCACACAAAAUCAGGGGAGGUGGAAGUAACCAUCUAGGUCAUAGCAGAAUGUUAUAAAACGGAGGGGUACAGUUUGAUACCGAAAGUGGAAAUAUAGGUGAUAUUAAUGUUAGAAGCCUUUAUUUUACAGACCUUCUAGCCACCCAUGACUUCGUUUUACUUUUUUUCUAUCUGUUUUCCCUCCAUUUCUCAUCCCCCCUACUUUCUCUUUCCUUCUUCCCUUGGUUUUGUUAUAACUUUUAUCAGGAUUUGCACAUGUAUGUGACUGACUUAAUGUACCAUUCCCUUUUCGACUGCCACGAUGUAUGUACAGCAAUUUACACAAGGAUGUAUAAUAGACAAAUAACAGAGAUCUCUUCGAACUUGAUCUUGGCGUACUUAAAGUUGCGUGUACAAUUCAAACUGCUAAUGUUCACUGCCCUAUGUUAUAUGCAUCUCAUGAAAAAAUAUUAAAAUUGGCAUAUGGAAAAAAAAAAUGUAAAGGGAUAUGUUUAUAUUUCCUUUUAUUGUGGAUUGGAACAUGUUCAUAAACCAGCAAUGGUGGAGAAUUGACAUGGAAAUUUUAAUAUUUUCAGUUAUACGACAACUUGUUUUAGACCAAAUUUAUCACUGUAGUUCUCAAUUUAAUUAAUUGUGAUCCUCUUACGGUCAUAGUAACUAUAUAUAUAUAUAUAUAUAUAUAUAUAUAUAUAUAUAUAUAUUUGUGCAUGUGUCCUCUUAAUAUGUGAAAAUUGUGUUUUUAAAAUAACAGAACCAAAACAGGGGCUACCUGAUGACAAAGAUGACAAACCUAAAACCCCAGACAGCAAGGAUGGAGAGGACACAAAUCAACCAAAUCAACCUGAUGGCAAAGAAGACAAACCAAAACCUAAAACUCCAAAAGACGGGGAUGAAGAUGAUGACCCAGACAGAAACCCAAAAGGUUAGGACGUAAUAUAAUAUAGUAGUAUGAUCUAAAUAUACGGAAAAAAAUAUUAAAAUAUAAAAAGAGAACACUCUCUUUUGAAAUAAUUACAAAAUGGUAAUAUCAUAAUUUUAAAAAGAUAAGUUUAUAUCUGUUGAAAUCACACAAUGUUGAUUGUUUGGAAUGUAUUCGCUAAACUAUCAAUAGUGAAGAAUUGACAAGGGGGCCUUGAAGCUUCUCAGUUAUGCAACAGCUUGGUUGUCUUAGCUUAAAUGUUUUAGUUUGGUUUUCAAUUGAUGGAAACUACACAAACAUAACAUUUCAUAUAUAUAUAUAUAUAUAUAUAUAUAUAUAUAUAUAUAUAUAUAUAUGUCCUUAUCUAAAUUAAUACCCAUUUAUAUAUUAAAAUAACUAUUUUAUAAUCACAGAACCAAAUCAACCUGAUGGCAAAGAAGACAAACCAAAGAAACCUAAAACUCCAAAAGACGGGGAUGAAGAUGAUGACCCAGACAGAAACCCAAAAGGUAAGGACUUUAUAAUUUAAAUAUUUACAAAAUUGAAUUAAAAUAUAAAAAUGCAAACAAUCUCAGGGGAUGUGUCCUGCUCCUUGAGCUGAAAGGACACACAAAAGUGAAGAUCAACUAUCACCCAGCUUUAAACAACGGCUAAACCUUGACGAGACAUCGCAAAAAUAGCACAAUCUGCUGGAGAUGGCACACAAUAAAAUGAGGAAGAUCUGAAAGGCAAAUUGCUUUACGGCCCAAGGCUCCCAGAGAUAAACACAUGCCAAAAAGGACAAGUGGAUCAGUGCUGAGUGACCAAUCAGUGAAUAUAUUUGCUUUAAAAAAUGGACAGCAAACCUAAUGUAUGGGGCUCCCUCACAAACUCCAGAAAGAAGAAAAAAAACAGUAAGAUAAAAAUAGGUUGUGCCGAAAAAAACAUUAAAAUGGAGUAAAUGACCAACUAAUGAAAGAUAAAAUACAAUAUUGAAAUUAUAGAAAUUGAAAAAUACAAGUUACAAAACAAACAAUAAAAAGAGUCCAAUAUUUUAAAAUUAGUAAAAAGUCUAAACUUUGAUGUACAGCAAAUAAGAAAAUGGAGUAAACUUGUAUUUUACCAUUUUAAUUUUCUCAAUACUGUAUUUUAUUAUCUUCCAUCAGUUGGUAAUUUACUCAAUUUUAACGGUUUUUCAGCACAACCUAUUUUUAUUUUACUGUUAAACACAUGCCAAGCCUAGCCAAGAUAGCAGUGAGGAAGAACAGGAAUCUCCUCAAAGCCCGCACACAAAUGAUGGCUUAUCUUUCUCUCCCGGAUGUGCUAUCUGACAACAGCGGUUAGUGAGAUUAAGAAAGAUAUUCAAGACCUAGGUGCAUGAACAUCUCCUGAAUACUCUAAAUUGGCUGAAUUUGCAGUAGCCCAUGACAGGCUAGCAGACAAACUGCAAUAACUAGAAGACCAAAUGGAACAUUAUGAAAUAAAGAUUGCGGAUAUGGAAGACAGAAGCAACAAUGUUAGACUGAAGUAUAUACCUGAGACAGUCCUCUAGGCUGAAAUGCGGUCUUGCGUGCAAGCUUUCAUUCAAACUUAGGCAGUGUACAUUGCCACAGAUAAGCUCCUGGGAGACCAGAUACAGGGUUCCAAAACGCAGACCCCUUCCAGCAUCGAUCCCUAGAGUUGAACAAGUUAUAAUACGAUCAGGCAAAAAUACAAAGAAUCUGCUGACGGAAUAUCAAGGCACACAACUUUAUGCUGAUUAAUCAGCACCCACCCCUGCGCAAGAGGAGAAUGCUUAAAGAAACCACAGACUCUGUGUAAUACUUCUUGGUGAAAAUUUUAUUUGGAACUCAACUGCAGGUGAACAAAUAAAUUUGAAGCUGUCACGUUAAGAAAAUAUAAUUUAUUUAAAUAAAGAAAUUUAACUUUGGCAGACUUCUGCAGCAAUAAGGUUUUGAAAUAAUGCAUGAAUGUUUGUAAUCUUCUUUCAAAAUUGCAUCACAAGAAUAUAGCAUAUAUAUAUAUAAUAAGGAAAUGCUUAAUUAGCAAUACAGUCCAUAGACUUCAAUAUAACGUUUGACAGUGCGGGUGAGUUGAUUCCUGUUGUAUGAAAUAAUACAGUCCUUUUGAAAAAAGACAACAAAAUCUGGUAAUUAGUUAGAUCCUGUUUGCACAGUGGUUAUAGUCCUUUAGACUCCAAAUAAUAAUUAAUAAAACAAUUGAAGAGUGAGUAAUUGGUUUAUGAGACUUUCAAUUAGAAUAUGCAAAUGUUAUCCCAGAAGCAGAUUUAGUAAUUCCUUAUAACUUCAGUAAAGAACCUAUUGUUAAUCCCAAUAAGUGGAGAACUUAUCUUGCAUUGAGUGAUGAGUAUGAGAGUCCUUCCAGGAUAGAGUGGAUUAUGGUUCCUUGAGGUAUGUGGCAAAAGGCAGGAAUCAGAUGUGAAGUCUUGUUCCAAGUCAGGGAGUCGAGAGUAGAGCAUAGUCAGGAUCAAGCCAAGAGGUUGGGUAUACAGGAAAUCAAUUAGAAGCUCCGUCGAUAAAUAGGCAACAAGGUAGCAAGUACAUGAGAGUAUCAAACACAGGAAAACAUUGGUUGAGCCAUUUGGACACAGUCGCAGCUUCCUUUUGAAGGAAAGCACGUGAUGUCAGAUGCAUGGGCUGAGAUAGAUCUGAGAACUUGGAAGUCAUACGGGUAGUGCUGAUCUGGCUGAAAUCAAACAUGGAGGAAUUCCGAGAGAAUAGGGAGGAAUCCUGACACUCUGUGAGGCACCACCACAUUCCUUGCAGAUGGAGCUUUCCUGUAUAAUUGAUCAAUCAGCAGAAUGGCAGCACAGCUACAGUAGCCUCUCAGGAAGGAGGAAGUGAAUUGCUGCUUUCCUGGGGACUGCCGUUGACAUCAUCCUGCCCAAGUUAAACUGAGCUACAGCAUCUCAGGCAAGAAAGUAAUGAUCUUCAAAAAUAUAUGGAAUGAAUUUGCAACUUUUUAUGCCAUAUUGCACAAUUUAAAAGAUGACUCUACUUCCCACCAACCUAAUGUUGCAGGUAUCAAAGAGUAUUUAGAUUCAUUAGACUUAAUAUCUUUGUCCAACGUUCAAGCAAAUAUUUUAGCGGAACCAAUAACCAUGGCAGAAGUGGAAAACAAAUAUUAAAUCUUUGUCAAAAGGGAACGCCCACCUGUUGUGGCACUCCAAAACCUGGAGACCCCAACGCAAUGUCCAAACUUCCAACUAUUAUGGAAUUUGGAUGCUAAAAUUUUGGCAAAAGUCUAUACAGCCAGGUUAAGCCAGAUUACAUCUCACCUCAUUAAUAAUGAUUAGUUGGGGUUUGUGACAGGGAGGCAGGGAUCAGACAAUUCUAGGAAAGUGCUAGAUCGCUUAAACAGAUUAAGGCACACAAAAUCAGGGGAGGUGGAAGUAACCAUCUAGGUCAUAGCAGAAUGUUAUAAAACGGAGGGGUACAGUUUGAUACCGAAAGUGGAAAUAUAGGUGAUAUUAAUGUUAGAAGCCUUUAUUUUACAGACCUUCUAGCCACCCAUGACUUCGUUUUACUUUUUUUCUAUCUGUUUUCCCUCCAUUUCUCAUCCCCCCUACUUUCUCUUUCAGGAUUUGCACAUGUAUGUGACUGACUUAAUGUACCAUUCCCUUUUCGACUGCCACGAUGUAUGUACAGCAAUUUUCACAAGGAUGUAUAAUAGACAAAUAACAGAGAUCUCUUCAAACUUGAUCUUGGCGUACUUAAAGUUGCGUGUACAAUUCAAACUGCUAAUGUUCACUGCCCUAUGUUAUAUGCAUCUCAUGAAAAAAUAUUAAAAUUGGCAUAUGGAAAAAAAAAAUGUAAAGGGAUAUGUUUAUAUUUCCUUUUAUUGUGGAUUGGAACAUGUUCAUAAACCAGCAAUGGUGGAGAAUUGACAUGGAAAUUUUAAUAUUUUCAGUUAUACGACAACUUGUUUUAGACCAAAUUUAUCACUGUAGUUCUCAAUUUAAUUAAUUGUGAUCCUCUUACGGUCAUAGUAACUAUAUAUAUAUAUAUAUAUUUGUGCAUGUGUCCUCUUAAUAUGUGAAAAUUGUGUUUUUAAAAUAACAGAACCAAAACAGGGGCUACCUGAUGACAAAGAUGACAAACCUAAAACCCCAGACAGCAAGGAUGGAGAGGACACAGAUGGAACACCUAAAGGUUAGUCUUUUAAAUUAUUAUAAUAAAAGAAAGAAUUGUGAGCAAGUGUAUGAAAACCUGCAUCAGCAUCUCUAUGUAAAAAUAUUUUUUUAAAUAAUAGGUCCAAAUCCAAGAGGUUCUGAUGAUGAAGAAAGUAAGCCUGAGACACCUAAAGACCCAAAAGAAAGAAAAGGAGAUGAUUCACCAGAUCCUAAUGGUACGCCAAAAGGUGAGGCAAGAAUUGCUCUGGGCAUAAAGUCAAAUUGAAUGGAAUCCAUCUAUAAGAGCUCAUUCCCAUAUAUGUAUAAUAGCUGCUUAUUUAAAGUGACAUUAAAGCUGAGAGAGUUCUGAACUCAAUCAAAUCAAAAUCAGUAGUAUGGUGGAACCGAGCUGACAAGAAAAAUAAAUAGUCAGAAUGGAGACAACAGAUGACAUGGAAUUCAGAAAAUACCAAUGCCUCUCUCUUUGUCACAGUCACUCAUUCUACAUAUAACUUAUCCUGGGCACAACUGGCUCCAGUUUACCUUCACUGAAGGUUCAUUACCCACAUAGAUACACCCCACCUGGCCACAGGUAUACUCAUAUAGCUAUAUAUAACCCAACUGAAACUCUGCCUUGACAUAAGAUGAGCAUGGAGAAGACAGAAGGCCAUGCAAGUAGGUGGUUCAUAUGUAUAUGUUUAGGCAGUGGAAUAUGGGAGAAGGGACAGAGGGAGAAGAUAUAUGAACUUGGGGAAGAGGGUGGUUUAAAUCAGCACAGGUGCAUACGAGUGGCAUUGAUAUUGACUAAUUGUGGAACAGGUAAGGAGGCAAUGAAAUAAGGAUUAUCUACUCAAUGUACUAUCAACUGUUUGCCAAUUAUCUCUAUAUGGAAAUUCACCUUUUUAUAUUACAGAUCCUAAUCCAAUAAAUCCAGGAGACAAGGCAGGUAACCCUAAGAAACCUAAAACCCCAAAGGAAAAGGGUGAGGAUGAACCAGAAGGGCCUGAUGGAAUACCAAAAGGUUAGGUUUGUGUAUUGUUAUUCUAAACAAAUGUGAAUUAAUUAUAAACAAUUGUGUGAAAAAUAAUGUGAAUGAUACUGGAUAAGCAAAUAAUGUCCAGAUUGCAUUGACACAUAGGGUAUUUCAUGAAAGUGUUGUUGCUAAGCUCCUGAACCUCCAGCAGAAAAGAGUUUAUUUCGAAUUAAACUCUAUUGCAUUCUUCUCCCCAGUAAAUGCUUCAAUAGUAUCUACUGUGGUGAGGAAGAAGGAAUUGUUCACAAAUGCAGAAAAGGUGACUGUUCUUUCAAAAUAGAAAUUAUGAUAGACAAUUCGGUUUGUAUUGAAUAACACAUUUGAGAGGCAUUUAAUCAGAUGAGCUAACAUACAUGGGACUAUUUAUUCCUAUUGCUAAUUGUGUGCCUGAAAAACAUCUGCACUCGAACAUCUUGUUUGAAAGUGUUUUCAAGAACAGAUAGUAAGCUUUAUUUAUACUUGUAACGGACCGUUUUGCACACGAGGGGUAAAAACCUCUUAGGCGAUCGUCCCCCUUUCCAGAGAUGCAGGCACAGCUACUGUUGAACACCAAACUCACGAACCGCCAAUAAGGGAAUGCUCCAAACUCCCGAACGGCAUACAAUAUAGCACUCCAAACACACGAACUGGAACCAUACGAAUCGCUGCUAGCAGACGAAUAGGAAAAGCAUCCAAGCGGCUUACACUCCUAGCAAUCAGUCUCUAUCAGCAUUCAGUAAAUCCCCCCAAAGACGAGACAAGGCUCCGUGUUGAGGGUCAAGCAGUGGUCUGUUUAAUGAGGGCUACCUGCCCAGUAUUUAUGCAGGUCUCCCACCUGGUGGACACUCCCCUAGGGGACCAAAUGGGAGACUGUGACAAAAGACAGACAAGUAGACAAAUAGGACACACAGUCACAUUAUAUUCCCACAAUGCAUCCUGGCUUCCUCCCCUCUGCCCUGGAGAUAAUUGAGAAGUAAUUCAAUUAUCUCCCAAGACAAAGGCAAAUCGCCAUUAUGCACGUGGGGAUACUAAAACAUGAAUUACUAUUAAAAUACACAGUAUCACAUAGGUUACAAUAAAACUAUACAUUUAACAUGUCCCCAGAUAGCUCAGGUCUGAGCGCACAUUAUUAAGCGAAUGGCGCUCAGACCACAUGAAUACAGUUUAAUCGCCAUGGAGCCAAAGUCUUUACACAGUCAGUUCUCAUGCGAAUGGGCUCCAUGGGAUUCCUAUCUGGGGUAUAACAUAAUCAAGUAAAACUACCGAACACCGGGCCGUUCGUGCACUUUCACCGAACAAAAAGGGGAGGUUGGCGGCUUCAGCGGUGUUCGCGCAAAACUGUGUCCGAUUUUAGUUCCAUGAAUUGAGCGUCGAACACCGCUGUGCGUUCGCAGGUUUAAAAUGGCCGCGACCUCGUGUUCGUGAUACGAAUGGCGGCCACCCAGCAUUCAUCAAUUAAGCUGCGGUUAACCGCAGCUUCUGGGAGGCUAAUUGCCGGGACACUCCAACUCCCAGGUGGUCUAGCCAUUCGUGCGGUUGUUCGGUAGAUUGAAUCUACCAAACACCAGGCAGAAAAGCACGAAUAAGUAUUUUCUGCAGGAAAAAAAAGAUGUCUUUUAACAUGGGGCCAUAGUCCAAAGGCAGCAGGCGAGCAACCAGGCUUCUCCAAUGCAAUGUGGCGAGAUUGGUCUCGUCACAAUACUGUUUUAUCCCCGUUAAAUAAGAAUGCUUUCAAUGUUACAGAGCCAAAUCAGAAAGGCACUCCAGACAGUGAAGAUGGCAAACCCAAGAAUCCAAAAGAAAAGGAACCCGGUGAUAACACUGACCCAGACGGCAAACCAAAAGGUUAGGGUUCAAAUUAGUGCUGAUGCAGGAAAUGAUUUUAAAAAAAUGAAGACUAACAAGAUUUAGGGUAGAUUUACUAAAGGCUGUCUAUCCCAAACCAAUGACAAUUUCAGUAACUAAUGUGAAUGGAUUUGGUAUGUGUACAUAUCUAAUGAUAUAUCUGUCACACUACAUUGGCAGUGUCCCAGUGUCUUCAUAUGACUAUCUUGGUAGAUGAUACUGCCAAGGAAACCUAAAUGUUGUAAAACAGUUUGCAUGUUUAGUUUUCUAGCAAUGAAGAGUUGAUAUGGAUGGAUAUUGCUUUCCAUGUUACCUUUAACACAUUUAGCUUCUCAGUAACCUCUUGAUGCAAUAAUGGGAUGCGGUUUACAAUAAUAUUCUUACUGUUACAGAAACAAGUAAAGGGACUCUAAUGCUAUAAUCUCCCAAUGAGAAAAACAGCAAGCCCAAAAAGCCAAAAGGAAAAGAUGAUACUUAUGACACAGUAGAUCAAGAUGGAACCCUAAAACAUUUGUCAUCUUUUUCGCAUGUUGAAAUUAAACCAAUAAUAAUCAACAACCAAAUUAAGCAAACAAAAUACUUAGCUAAUUGUCGGGGUUGGUUCCAAAUUAGAGUAAAACGGUACAUCUAUUCUUGCUGAGGGGGCACAAAAAACGUGUGCCACCAAGUCUGCUUAGCAUUCAAGAAAGUAAACAGUAAGUUGUACUGAGUUUAGAACUAGCUUGGAAAAUAGCUCCUACUCUGAAAGCUUACUUAGAUUUUGCAAAAUGACCCACCACAAUUUGGUGAUUAGUUAACAGACCCAAUAGAGUGAAAAUAAUAAAGUGUUGCUUGCAAAAGAAAAAAGAAUACUCACAAUGUAGAGAAUGAUAUUCUUUACCAGGUAUAGAUUUGAAUAAUUUUCACCAAAUUUGGGAUUGAUAAUCUACCCAAUAUUUUUUUCUUUAAGUUAUUUUUAUUUUCAGCCCAUAUCAAUAUUUGGGUUAUACUACUCAUAGCUUUUAAAAAACCUACAAAAAUAAAAUAUAUGAAUUCACUUUAUUGUAAUGUUGAUAAUGAUGCUCCAUUCAUAUACUUUCUAUUUCACAAAGAGCUGGAGAUUUUGCUGCCUUUGCUUGAGCUGACAGGGGUAUCACAGAGUAUUGUGGUAACUUACUUGGGCAGAAAGCUCUUCUUGAACCUUUAUAUUGCAUAGCUUUAAAACACAAAAAUAGUCAGCCCAUGUAUACACGUUUCUUGGAGGAAAUGGGUCAAACACAAUAUUUGACUCUACUACGUAUAUAGGUGUAAGAAUAGCUUUUCUGUGAAUACCAGUUUUUACCCAAAGGUUAUUUCGUUAGAACAGUGAACCUAUCCUCUGACCCAAGAUGAAUGGUGAAUAAUUUCUCCAAUUUAAGCAUACUAGUCUAUUCUUUAUCUUUAAUGCAAUUAUCAUGUAUUUAUUGAUAGAGCCCACAAAGGGAAAAUCCCCUUCAUCUGCAACACCAUCUCCUGAUGAAGACAAUAGACUACGAAAACUGAAACUAGAAGAAGAGGAAGAAGUUACCACACAGGAUGGUACGGAACUUCUGUGGAAUGAACGAGAAUGUUAGCUUAGAUCAGAUGCAGUUAAGUGAGGGGUGGCAACUUUUGGAGUGGAGGCAAAUAUAAAUAAGUGGCAUUUUUUUGUACAUAAAACAAUUGGAGGCUUCUGGAGUUGCAAGGUAUGACAUCACAUAUCCUUACUACCUUCAUCAGUACAGCACGAAAUAACAUGCAUAGACUACUCUGUUACCUGUGACUCCAUUACCACCUUUGAUGACUAGUGUGUGUGAUUAAUAUCUUCCAUUUGCAGAUACCACUAGGCACAUUGUACAUGGUCAUCAUAGCCUGGCUGAAUGGUUGUCCCCAAAUAUUGCAGUCACUGAUUACAUGCCAGUGGGCCAAGCCAGUCAUUCGUUAUUGGUACAAUAUGUUGGCUAGGGGGUGUAUGUUAGGAAUAAAGGCAGCAUUAUAUUUUCAUCGGACAGAUGCAUACAUUUUUAGGAUUACAGAAGUGAGAGUAUUAAAUAUUACCAGUAUGUGCAUGUUAAUAUGAUUAUUAAAUAUAUUUUUACAUGCAUAUUGUUUGUAUUUAAUAACGUGUAUGUUCUUAUGUGCUUUUUAUGAGGGACAGCCACCUAUGACAUGAUAACCUUUAAAUUUUCACUCACCUUAUAAGUGCCAUAUUUACCCAAAAUGAUGUCAUGUCCAUGCUUUAGCUGCGCAUGGGAUACCAUGAGAUUUACAUUGCAUGCUACGCUGUGCAAUGGCAACUUUGAAAAGGUUAUAAAUAAAAAUAAUUGAGCAAUAUUUUUUAAUUUAAGAUUAAUAAUUAACAUUUCCUUUCUAUUAGAUUCUCUUGAUAAUAUAUCCUCCUCCUCUACAAAGAAUACAAAAAAACGCUCCCCUGGAAAUGGAAACAAGAAGCCAAAUAAACCGAUAGAUCCAGAUGGUAAAUUAAUUUUAUAUCCAAUUUUAUUUUUAAAUUCAUUACCAUACACAUUAUUUACGUACAGUAUAUGUGAUAUAUACGUUGCCUUUUUCAAAUAUAAAGGCACCAGACUUAAACUUUUCCCUUGGCUGCAUGCCAGUUAACAUGAUAUACAUUGCUACAACAGGUCAAAUUACCUGAGGCACAUUAUGGAGACUUCCCAGUAGUCCUUGAGGCAACAUAGUAGGCGACUUGUUUUCAGUGUAUUUUAAAACUAGAAUGCUUUGUUUCCUGUUAUAAGAUGGGGGCCAACUCUUGUAAGUAGGAAAAUGCCCUCAGGAAGCAAGGGCCAGCCUUACAUUACACAGAUAUGGUAAUUGAACACAGAAUAGAUAAAUAAGUUCACUACAUCCCAUUGAUAUUUAAAAUAUACACAAGCCAUGUACUUAUUUUAACAGAUCCUUCUCGGGAUCCCAAAUUUCAUAGUAAAGGGAAGAAGCGACCAAAGAAACCAGUCUCCAAAAUCCCAACCAAGAAAAGAAAAAAAAUUAUAUAUUCAGAUGAAGAUACCGAAGGUAAAAUAAUAUGUGAUAUAAAACACACUUGUUUUUAUAUUGCAUAUUAUGAAUUGCUACAGCAUUCUACUUUUCCUAUAAGACGACAGCAUCUUUAGAUGUCUUGCGGAAUCUAUUCACGAUAUUCAUUUUAUGGUUGUUUGAUAAGUGGUUAAAGUGUAUGUACCUCGUAUUUAUUUACCAACACACAAUAAAAUGGGAGCUAUAGUUUCAUAGAGAAAGGCAGGAUAUAGACAUCACAUUUACAAAGUUUAUAUCUAACCUAUUGCUUACAUUGAUUUAAUUAGGUGUAGAUGUUAUCUAACAAUCUGACUUUAUCUUGCACUUUGUUCUUCUUCCUACAUUCUUUAUACCUUGCUUUUUCUAGAUUGUAAGCGAACCAGCUCUUGCUUGCUUUGAUUUGGAUGUUUAUUUCAUGUUUUUUUAGACUCUAUUACCAUAAUAAAGUGCUACUUAAUAUGUUGGAGCUAUGCAAAUAAUAUUAAUAGAUGUAUGGCCAGACUUAUAACAUAGUAAUAGAAAUGUCUUCAUGGUUUAACCCCUUAAGGACCAAACUUCUGGAAUAAAAGGGAAUCAUGACAUGUCACACAUGUCAUGUGUCCUUAAGGGGUUAAGGUGCUGCAGCACUAAUUAGAACGUCUUUAAUUUUCAGGCCGAUUUUGCCUUAAAAUGAGUUGUGUUUUUAAAAGUAUUUUAUAACGUAACUAUUGUGUUAGAGGUUUGGUAUGGCAUCUGAUAGACCUGUGCAAAAAUUCAUUUCACGAAGUUUGUCCAAAUCAAAUUCCUUUUAAUCUACAUGCAAACUAAUCAAUCAACUAGACUCUACAGGUAAAUUUUGGAUGAUCGGACGUGGGUUAAAUGAAAUUUGGUUCGGGCAAACUGACCACAGCAAAUUUGUGCACGAGUAUAGUGUUUGAGAUCCCUGCAAGGAAUAGAAACUAUUGGCAUUCGUCCUGCUGUGGAUUACAAUCCCUACAAUUUUUAUUUUUUGUCCACACAACUAAAAAAUGUCCAAGUCAAGUUGGAAAAAUAAUGGUGGAUUUUGAGAACUUGAUUAUUUUGGCUAAAAGAUACCGAUAUUAUCUCUUUUCUUUCAACACAAUUCAGUAAAUAUAGAUGUAGUCAGGGUUGUUCACUAAACAUUGAAUUUAGAUUAAAUCUUAAUGGCAAAAUUGCUAAAAAAAAAUGUGUUUAGUGAAUAACCCUGAAUGUACUGAAUGAAAUACUUUAAAGAUAUUCUUAUGCUAAAUUGAAUAAAUAACUUUAAGUAAUAAUAUAUAUUAUAUAUAUAAAAUAUUUAAUAUAUUCAUUGAAGUUAUUACUGAGUGCCAAAGGACAGUUCAAAAUUUUUAGACAUUUAAAAAUAUAGCUAGAAAUAAACUCAAAUGGAAAUACUGUGAUUAAUUUACAAUAAAGAAAAAAAAGAAUAAAAACUCUUCUUCAUUAUCUAAUAUAGAUCUAGUAAAUCCUGGAAAAGACAAGAAUCCCAAAAAUAAGUCGUCACCAAAAGAUGUAAUCAAAAAGAAAAAGAAGACUGAUUCUGAAGAAGAAAGACAAGGUAAUGAGUAGAUUAAAUAUUAUUUUUAGCUUUCUGACUCAAAAAUAAAAAUGUUUCUUACUGUUCAUGCUACAAUUAAUGAUAUAUAAGUAAGUCCACAUAUAAAAGAUAAGUCCACAUCUCAGUAUCUGGCGUACUGAGGGGUAUUACGGUUUAGGGUCAGGGCAGUCUGCCCCAGGUGCCACCAGGUAGGGGUAUGCCAUGACUCUGGUCCAGGCCGCACAGGGUGCCAUGGAGCAGGGGUCACAUUGGCAUAUAAUUCACAUUGCCACCCAGAUUUCUUGUUCUGGGCUGGCUGACACCUCUUAACAUCAAUCUUCUUUUAGCAGAUAACUCCCCUAGUUGCUAUCCUUAUGCGGAAUUGCCAUUUUUAAGGUGCUAUCUGCUAAACAGCACCCUAAUUUGGUAUCUUUAAAUAUGAAACUCUCACAUAAGGGCACCCAUUUGAGGAAUUAUCUACUAAACAUUAAUAUUUGAAUCUUUCAGUCGAUUAGUAGAUAUCUCCCUUAUUUGUUAUCCUUAUGUGGGAUUGACAUAUUUAAGGACACCAAAUAAGGGUACAAUCUGCUAAACAGUAGCCUAAUUUGGUAUCCUAAAAUAUGGCAAUCCCACAUAAAGGUACCAAUUUAGGAAGCUAUCUACAACAGCUGGAAGUCAAAAUUAAGAAAGGCGGUUUUCUUAAUUUUGAUAUUUCAGUUGUUUGGUAGAUAACUCCCUUAUUUGUUAUCCUUAUGUGAGAUUGCCAUAUUUAAGGAUACUAAAUUAGGGAGCUAUGUACUAAACACAUACACAUUUAUAUACAUACACAGAAACGUAUGUCUUUGUGUAUAUCUGUGGUUGUGCGUGCAUAUAUAAAUACACACACACAAUCAGAGACAUACAUCCACAUAUUUAUAGACACACACAUACAUACACACACACAAUCAGAGACCCCACACACACAAUCAGAGACAUACAUCCACAUAUUUAUAGACACACACACACACACAAUCAGAGACCCCCCCCACACACACACAAUCAGAGACAUACAUCCACAUAUUUAUAGACACAAACAGACAUACACACACACAAUCAGAGACCCCCCCCCACACACACACACACAAUCACAGACAAACACACACACAUACAAUCACAGACACCCCUCACACAAUCACAGACCCCCACACACACAUACAAUCACAGAUCUCAACACACAGAACCACAACACACACACACUUAACCACAGAGAUACACACAAUCAUUUAGUAAUUAAGAUCACCCAGCCUUUCUACCUUGUUCUGGGAGGGCUGGAGUGGAUCCUCUCCCUGGUGGUCAGCCUUUGUUGCCUGCAGGGAUCUCUGUGCUCUUCCUGCACAGGUCCCUCGCAUGCUCUGUAAUGAUGCGGAUGCCAGGAUGACGUCAUAUGCUGUGCAGGGACAGCAAAGUAAGUAAAGUGCAGGGUUAGCUUGUUGGCUGAAGUGUCAGCUGACCAUUCUAAGGCAGUGAACUAAGCUAAGGAUUACUUCAGAUAGAGAGCUUCCAACUCUCCACAGGAAGUAUUGUGGCAGGGGGUAGAGCCCAGUGAAUCCCAGGUAAGAAGUCAAACCAUUCUCAAACAAUUUGAUUCAUUACAAAGGGGGACGCCGGGGAAUGUGCUUUUGUGGUUAUGGUGCUUGGAGUCUUCCUAUAAUUAUUUUAAAUCCGUACUUUAAUUGUCCAUCUUUCUGUCCACUUUAAAGGAACACUAUAGGGUCAGGAACGCAAACAUGUGUUCCUGACCCUAUAGUGUUAAAAACACCAUCUAGCCCUCCUGGCCUCCCCUUGAGACUGUCAAGGGGGCAGAUCAAGGGCAGAGCCAGCACAAGUUAAACACAACAAUGGUCAAUCAGCAUCUCCUCUUAGAGAUGCAUUGAAUCAAUGCAUCUCUGUGAGGAAAAUUCAGUGUCUCCAUGCAAAGAAUGGAGACACUGGAUGGCAGUACAGCACCUCUAGCAACCAUCUGAGGAGUGGCCAGUGGAGUUAUCACUAGCCUGUAAUAUAAACACUACAGUGUCCCUUUAAUUUCCAUAAAUAAAACUACUGUCUAAUAGUGUGUGCUCCUUUUCAAUUUUCAGAAACUGUAGAGAGUGAGUUCUCAAGUUCAUCACAGUCAUCGUCUUCACAUCGCAGAAGCAAAUCAUCUUCAAGGAGAUUGUCAGGAAAAAAACAGAAAAAUAUUGAAGAGAAAAACAAGAAGAAGAUUCCUGGUAAGGAUUGUAUCAACUAUUUUAACAAAUCUAUAUUUGCACUUUCAUGACAUAGCAAAAUGUAACUAUAACACGAAAAUAAAUAUCCCUUAAAGAAUUACUGCAACCAACAAAAAAUAUAUUAAUAAAACACUGCUUUUGAUUACAUUACCUCUUACUGGCAUGGUUCCCCCUCCCCCAGAGAUAAAAAAAUAAAGCAACAAAGUAAAAGUAAGUCCAAUGCCAAUCCCAUGCCAAGGCCAAGUUCUCCUUGACGCCUGAUCUUUGACGGACUGAUGGGAAAGUGGGGGUUCUGCCAUGGGUCAUCUAAACAGGGCCGGUGCAAGGAUUUUUGCCGCCCUAGUAAAAAAUUUGCCACUCCAUUCGCUCCAUCCACUCAUGCAGAUUGACAUACGCUGACAUUAGUAGACACACACUGAUUCAUGCAGACUGACACACACUGACCCAAGCAGACUGACUCACACCCUCCCACGCAGACUGACACACGCACUGACCCAUGCAGAUAGAUUCAUACACACUGAUCCAUGCAGACUGACGUAUGCACACUGACCCAUACCAACACACAUGCUGACCCAUGCAGAUGCACACAUACAGGCACACAAACUGACCCAUGCAGACACACACACUGACCCAUACAGACACACACUGACCAUACAGACUCAGACAGAUCCAUAGAGACACACACAGAUCCACACAGACCCAUACAGACACAGACAGACCCACACUGACCCAUAAAGACACAACCUGACCCAUGCAGAAACAGACAAAUCCAUACGGAAACGCACUGACCUAUACAGAUCCAUAUAGACACACAUUUUCUGAAACACAUACAUUAACCCUCUUACCUUAAUUUCACAUAUCAGUGCUGUUUAUGUGUUUCAGGCAUCUUCCGUGCACCAAGCUGCUUGGCAGCGCUUCAGUCUCUCUGUCGUAGCCCCACUGCUAUGCUCCCGCCCAUUUCUCCUUAUGCACAGGACGGAAACGAGCAAAUAAUGUGCCCUUGUGCUGCCGCCGCAAUAGAUGUCUGGAAGGGGGCCAGGCAUUGCGAGCUGAGGUGGAUGCCGCUGGACCAGUGUUCUACUGGCUGCUAGUCAGCAGCCAUGUAAGUGCUUCCUAGCACCCAUUAACAUGGCCAGUGGACACUAUAAAUAAUUAAUACAGUUCGAUGGCCAAAUGAGAAGUAAAGCCACUACUGCCCCCCCCCCCUUAAGCCGCACCCUAGAUGGCCGCCUAACUAGCCUAUAGGAAACGCUGGCCCUGUCUAUCACCCUCCUCCUAUAUGCAUCUGAUGAAAGAUGCCAGAUGUGCACGGAUUUAACACUUGACAGCCUGGAAUGAAAGUUAAAGGGAAACUCCAGUGCCAGGAAAACAAUCUGUUUUCCUGGCACUGCAGGUACCCUCUCCCUCCCACCCCCCAAUCCCCGGUUGCUGAAGGGAUGAAAACCCCUUCGGUAACUUACCAGAGGCAGCAACGAUGUCCCACGUCGCUGAUUCUUCCUUCUUCUUCCUGCUUCUUAUAAAAAAUUGCAAUAAUUACACUUUCAGGGUUAAGAGUAGUGGGAGUUGGCACCCAGACCACUCCAAUGGGCAGAAGUGGUCUGGGUGCCUGGAGUGUCCCUUUUACAAUGUGAACUGAAAUGUCGCAUGUACAGACUCCAAAUCAGUGAAGUAGUCUUUUCUGCAAAUUUUACAGGCCAGAUGCUUCUCAAUAAAGUGGCUGUAAAGUAGCUGUUACUGAUAUGUUCCAUACUACAAAAUCUGACCAUUAGCGACUCCGAAUUUGCAGCAGAACAAAAAAAAAUCACAGCAACUGCAUAUGUCAUGUAGAGAGUCAUACAUACUCAAUACUCUCUCUUGUAAAAAAUUGCAUAAACAUAUUGGGGUCCCCUGAGACUCCAAUAAUAUUGAGUAAAUGCUAGAUAAGUGAUUCCUAUCCCAUUCUUCAUACCACGUCGAGCAGGGGGAUGCCCAUUUUCCUGGGCUCUAACAUGUAAUCUGCACAUGGGAUUAAGGGUUAACCUCAAACUAUCUGUGUCCAGGUAGUCAAGGUGUCAAUAUUACCCUGAUUUUUUUUGUUGUUGUAUUGUACAUCAAUGUGGUAUUUCUCUGAUGUUCCAUGAUUCAAAUCAGUAGUCACUUUGGAUAAGCACUUUCAGUGGGAUACAGUGAGAACGAAGUACAAUUAAAUUAAUCUGGGUUGUUGAUGCACAUGAAGCUAAAAGAGAUUACUUCCUCUGGUAGACUAAACUGGGCUUGUUUUUAUGGUUUUAUGUUUAAUGGCCGCAUACUGAUAGGCUUUGGAGUUGAUGCCUAGUAGCUGAAGAACCAGGCAAAAUAUAAAUGGUCCCAAGGCUUGAGUUUAUGAGCAGCUGAAACAGGCUUCACAACUGUGUGCAUUGAUCAUCUAAAACCUAACAGUCUGUUCAUACUGUGCUUCACUUUAUUGGUGUGUGCCUCUAUCUUUUGGCCAAUAAUGUGUUUAGCUCCAUUAAUAAGGCAUCCUGGAAUUACAAAGAAGUUCAGCAAAAAGAGUUGAAAGUUUGGUAGUACUCAGUGUUCUGGACCAUGUUGAUUAUACGUUAAAUAGUUAAACAUUUAUAAGUUGUUAUCUUAUCUGUUUUUUCAUUAGUAUUCAUUACAAGUAAUGGAGUUAGUGACUGAUGCUUCGACUAUUGUAGAGGGUAUUUAUAAUAAUUGUUAUGUGACUAUGGCUUAAUUGCAUUUUAAGUAAAUUGUGUACAAAAGAACAAUUGUUUUUUGUUUGUUUUUUGUAAAGUUGUAUAAACUUGUCUACUGUAGCUUUCAUAUCCUUAAUUGUGAGUUGUAUUGUUGUGGAGUUCUGUGAUAUAGUCAUAUACACCAACCAUCUCAAGCUCCAAGAAAAGAAAGGUUGGAUAAACUUAGGUAAACUUAGGUUUAUUAUAUAAUAUGAGAGUACAAUUUAAUCAUUUACUUUUUUCCAGAUGAAAAACCACUAGUGCCACCAAAGAGACGAAAAGAGAAGGAAUUUCCUCCAACACCUGAACCUACAUUUAAAGAUGAUGGUUCUGGAGAUGAUGGAAGUGGAAUGGACUUUUUCCAAACAUCACCUUCAACAACAACUGAAGUCACAACUAAGUUGACAACUAAGGACUUCCAAAGUACUGCUAAACCAGAGGACGCAGUUGAAACAUCACCCAAAGCAUCCACAGGGAAAGAUGUAGCAUCUAAUAAAACAACAGCAACAAGCACAUCAACAAGCAUUUUGCCUAGUGAAGAACAUACUUUAAGGAAUCCAACUAUGAGUACACUCAUACAACAUUCUACUUCUCCGGAGGACAAAACCAAACAACCAUCCCUGGGAACAGACAAGCCUUAUCAACUAAGUAAGAAAUUUACAAGUAAUGACAAAUACAUGGAAACUGUUAUUGUUUUGACGAGUAGUAUCCAACAAGAAAAUGCUACUGAAACAUAUACAAAGUAUUCUCAAAACACUGACCCAACUACAAAGCAUCUACAGGAGGAUACGACUCUCGCAAGUAGACCUGAAACAGCGACAUCAAAUUCUCCACCUUACGCCCAGACUGUCAAUAAGUCACCAGUUUAUAGUAAUAAUCCUUUUAAUGAUGAAAAAAUGGUAGAAAAUAAUGCAGAUGUUAAAAUGAGUCCAAGCUUAAGUACAGAAGGGUUAAAAAUAACAGGAGAACCAAACACAGCAAAUUCAGCAUUUAGUACAAAACAAAAUGAUGCAGCAAGUUUGCCAACUCUUUUAUCAGAAGGCCCAGAGAAUUUAAAUGUACCUAUGGAAAUUUUAAAUUCUUUCCCCACAGUUUUAGAUAGUAGGCCAUUUUCUGCAGUCACAGAAAUAAUUCUUAACACUAAUACAAAUUCCUUCCCCAGUGAUUCUGAGCAGUAUCCACGCGCAAAUACUGAAAUACCGAAUGUAGAAAAUAUACUAAGAACAGAAAAACCCCAAUUGAGUAAUUCAUAUUUAAGUCUAACAAAUUGGGCACCUAGUGAAAGUGGGCCAAUAAAAAUAGUAAAUUUAGCAAGUCCCGCUAUCUUUAACUUAAACACAGACUUCACACAACGUAUAGAAGCAAAACCACUAAAUAGUGAAGAUACAGAUGUAAAUCACAUAGUAACCAUCUCUAAUUUAGUUAAUACACAAGAUCAGGCUGGACAUACACAAUAUGUGACACAGUGGCCAACAGUGAUGGAUGAGACCCUAAACAUGGGACAGAGAGAAGAUAAAACAACGCAAACACUUCCAGACCAGUCAACAAAUAUCAGAGAGAAGGAAGGUGCAGAACAUUUUUCCAGUGCCAUGCUCCUUAAUACAACAUCACACAAAGGAACAGAAGCUCACAGUACAGACAUGACAGUGAGUACACCAAGUCAAGGUCAGUUGCUCAUUAUUUCUGAAGCUACAUAUAGAACAGUAUCCCUUACACACUGCGUUACAUGUACAACUCCUAUAGAAGCUGAAACAAUACCUAGUGAUCAUACAUUGUCACCUAAUGAUGAUGUUCAAUCUACUCCCAUCAUGGAGACAACAGGCAAUCCGGACAGGGUGACAGGAGAAACACAUACAACGAACACACCAAGCACAGAGCAUUUAGGCCAAACGCGUGAAGCACCAGGUGUUACACAGAAACCCACUGCUUUUAGCUCUACCUCCACCAUAGAGACUACAGUAAGGGUAGACAGGGUUACAGGAGAAAUACAUUUAACUGAUCCACUGACCCCAGAUCAUUCAGGUCAACCAAGUGAGACACCAAGCGUGAGACAGACAGAGAAUAUACCUGACAGUACAAAGACUCUAGAAGACCAAUCAACAUCUGUUACAGAGGGGACAGUUACAAAAAAAUUGACUAGCUUUACAACAUUGGAUACCAAAUCAGUCAAGGCUACAGAAAAGCAAAGCUCACAUCUGUCCAUUGUAACCACACCACCUGAAGAGUUGAAAACAGAUUUGUCAACCAUAUUUAGCAAGACUGUAGAUAUUGGUAGUAAUCAUACAUUAUCAACUAAUGAUGAUGUUCAAUCUACUUCCAUCAUAGAGACAACAGAAAAUCUCGACAGGGUUACAGGAGGAACACAUACAACUAACACACCAAGCACAGAGCAUUUAGGCCAAACUCGUGAAACACCAGGUGUGACCAAGACACCUACUGCUGAUAUUAGUUCUACCUCCACCAUAGAGACUACAGCAGGGGUAGACAGGGUUACAGAAGAAAUACAUACAAAUAAUCCACCAAGCACAGAUCAUUCAGUUCAACCAAGUGAGACACAAACUGUGACACAGACAUCUGAUGCUGAUACUAGUUUUACCUCCCCCAUUGAGACUACAGCAAGUGUAGACAGGGUUAGAGAAGAAACACAUAUAACUAAUACACUGACCCCAGAUCAUUCAGUUAAACCAAGUGAGGCACAAAGUGUGAGACAGACAGACAAUAUACCUGACAGUACACAGACUCUAGAAGACCACUUAACACCUGUGUCAGAGGGGUCAAAUAAAAAAACAUUGUCUAGCUUCACAACAUUGGAUACUAUAUCAGUCGAAGCUACAGAAAAACAAACCUUAGAUUUGUCCCCAAGAACCACAUUGCCCGGUAAGCUAAAUACAGAUUUGUCAACCAUAUUUAGCAAGACAAUAGAUACUGACAACAGUAAAACAUUAUCACCUAAUGAUGAUGUUCAACCUACCCCCACCAUAGAGACAACAGGAAAUCCAGUUAGAGCUACAGGAGAAACACAUAUAACUAAUGCACUGACUCUAGAUCAUUCAGGUCAACCAAGUGAGACACCAAGCAUGAGACAGACAGAGAAUAUACCUGACAGUACACAGACUCUAGAAGACCAUUCAACACCUGUCACAGUGGAGACAUCAACAAAACAAUUAUCUAGCUUCACAACGUUGGAUACCAAAUCAGUUGAGGCUACAGAAAAGCAAAGCUCAGAUCUGACCCUGAUAACAACACUGCCUAAUGAAUUAAAUACAGAUUUGUCAACUAUGUUUAGGGAGACUGUAGACAUUGGUAGUGAUAAUACAUUGUCACCUAAUGAUGAUGUUCAAUCUACUCCCAUCAUAGUGACAACAGGCAAUCCGGACAGGGUGACAGGAGAAACACAUACAACGAACACACCAAGCACAGAGCAUGUAGGUCAAACGCGUGAAACACCAGGUGUUACACAGAAACCUACUGCUGAUAUUAGCUCUACUUCCAGCAUAGAGACAACAAUAAGGGUAGACAGGGUUACAGGAGAAAUACAUAUAACUGAUCCACUGACCCCAGAUCAUUCAGGUCAACCAAGUGAGACACCAAGUGUGAGACAGACAGAGAAUAUACCUGACAGUACAAAGACUCUAGAAGACCAAUCAACAUCUGUUACAGAGGGGACAGUUACAAAAAAAUCGACUAGCUUUACAACAUUGGAUACCAAAUCAGUCGAGGCUACAGAAAAGCAAAGCUCAGAUCUGUCCAUUGUAACCACACCACCUGAAGAGUUGAAAACAGAUUUGUCAAUCAUGGUUAGCAAGACUGUAGAUACUGGUAGUGAUCAUACAUUAUCAACUAAUGAUGAUAUUCAAUCUACCCCCAUUGUAGAGACAACAGAAAAUCUGGACAGGGUUACAGGAGGAACACAUACAACUAACAUACCAAGCACAGAGCAUUUAGGCCAAACUCGUGAAACACCAGGUGUGACCAAGACACCUAUUGCUGAUAUUAGUUUUUCCUCCACCAUAGAGACUACAGCAAGGGUAGACAGGGUUAAAGGAGAAACACAUAAAACUAAUCCACCAAGCACCGAUCAUUCAGUACAACCAAGUGAGACACAAACUGUGACACAGACAUCUGAUGCUGAUACUAGUUUUACCUCCCCCAUUGAGACUACAGCAAGUGUAGACAGGGUUACAGAAAAAACACAUAUAACUAAUACACUGACUCCAGAUCAUUCAGUUAAACCAAGUGAGACACCAAGCAUGAGACAGACAGAGAAUAUACCUGACAGUACACAGACUCUAGAAGACCAUUCAACACCUGUCACAGUGGAGACAUCAACAAAACAAUUAUCUAGCUUCACAACAAUCAGUUGAGGCUACAGAAAAGCAAAGCUCAGAUCUGACCCUGAUAACAACACUGCCUAAUGAAUUAAAUACAGAUUUGUCAACUAUGUUUAGGGAGACUGUAGACAUUGGUAGUGAUAAUACAUUGUCACCUAAUGAUGAUGUUCAAUCUACUCCCAUCAUAGACAACAGGCAAUCCGGAGGGUGACAGGAGAAACACAUACAACGAACACACCAAGCACAGAGCAUUAGGUCAAACGCGUGAAACACCAGGUGUUACACAGAAACCUACUGCUGAUAUUAGCUCUACUUCCAGCAUAGAGACACAAUAAGGGUAGACAGGGUUACAGGAGAAAUACAUAUAACUGAUCCACUGACCCCAGAUCAUUCAGGUCAACCAAGUGAGACACCAAGUGUGAGACAGACAGAGAAUAUACCUGACAGUACAAAGACUCUAGAAGACCAAUCAACAUCUGUUACAGAGGGGACAGUUACAAAAAAAUCGACUAGCUUUACAACAUUGGAUACCAAAUCAGUCGAGGCUACAGAAAAGCAAAGCUCAGAUCUGUCCAUUGUAACCACACCACCUGAAGAGUUGAAAACAGAUUUGUCAACCAUGGUUAGCAAGACUGUAGAUACUGGUAGUGAUCAUACAUUAUCAACUAAUGAUGAUGUUCAAUCUACCCCCAUUAUAGAUACAACAGAAAAUCUGGACAGGGUUACAGGAGGAACACAUACAACUAACGCACCAAGCACAGAGCAUUUAGGCCAAACUCGUGAAACACCAGGUGUGACCAAGACACCUAUUGCUGAUAUUAGUUCUUCCUCCACCAUAGAGACUACAGCAAGGGUAGACAGGGUUAAAGGAGAAACACAUACAACUAAUCCACCAAGCACAGAUCAUUCAGUACAACCAAGUGAGACACAAACUGUGACACAGACAUCUGAUGCUGAUACUAGUUUUACCUCCCCCAUUGAGACUACAGCAAGUGUAGACAGGGUUACAGAAGAAACACAUAUAACUAAUACACUGACUCCAGAUCAUUCAGUUAAACCAAGUGAGACACAAAGUGUGAGACGGGCAGACAAUAUACCUGACAGUACACAGACUCUAGAAGACCAUUCAACACCUGUCACAGUGGAGACAUCAACAAAACAAUUAUCUAGCUUCACAACAUUGGAUACCAAAUCAGUCGAGGCUACAGAAAAACAAACCUCAGAUUUGUCCCCAAGAACCACAUUGCCUGGUAAGCUAAAUACAGAUUUGUCAACCAUAUUUAGCAAGACAAUAGAUACUGACAGCAUUAAAACAUUAUCACCUAAUGAUGAUGUUCAACCUACCCCCAGCAUAGAGACAACAGGAAAUCCAGUUAGGGCUACAGGAGAAACACAUAUAACUAAUGCACUGACUCUAGAUCAUUCAGGUCAACCAAGUGAGACACCAAGUGUGAGACAGGCAGAGAAUAUACCUGACAGUACACAGACUCUAGAAGACCAUUCAACACCUGUCACAGUGGAGACAUCAACAAAACAAUUAUCUAGCUUCAUAACGUUGGAUACCAAAUCAGUUGAGGCUACAGAAAAGCAAAGCUCAGAUGUGACCCUGAUAACAACACUGCCUAAUGAAUUAAAUACAGAUUUGUCAACUAUGUUUAGGGAGACUGUAGACAUUGGUAGUGAUAAUACAUUGUCACCUAAUGAUGAUGUUCAAUCUACUUCCAUCAUAGAGACAACAGGCAAUCCGGACAGGGUGACAGGAGAAACACAUACAACGAACACACCAAGCACAGAGCAUUUAGGUCAAACGCGUGAAACACCAGGUGUUACACAGAAACCUACUGCUGAUAUUAGCUCUACUUCCAGCAAAGAGACUACAAUAAGGGUAGACAGGGUUACAGGAGAAAUACAUAUAACUAAUCCACUGACCCCAGAUCAUUCAGGUCAACCAAGUGAGACACCAAGCGUGAGACAGACAGAGAAUAUACCUGACAGUACAAAGACUCUAGAAGACCAAUCAACAUCUGUUACAGAGGGGACAGUUACAAAAAAAUCGACUAGCUUUACAACAUUGGAUACCAAAUCAGUCGAGGCUACAGAAAAGCAAAGCUCAGAUCUGUCCAUUGUAACCACACCACCUGAAGUGUUGAAAACAGAUUUGUCAACCAUGGUUAGCAAGACUAUAGAUACUGGUAGUGGUCAUACAUUAUCAACUAAUGAUGAUGUUCAAUCUACCCCCAUUAUAGAUACAACAGAAAAUCUGGACAGGGUUACAGGAGGAACACAUACAACUAACGCACCAAGCACAGAGCAUUUAGGCCAAACUCGUGAAACACCAGGUGUGACCAAGACACCUAUUGCUGAUAUUAGUUCUUCCUCCACCAUAGAGACUACAGCAAGGGUAGACAGGGUUAAAGGAGAAACACAUACAACUAAUCCACCAAGCACAGAUCAUUCAGUACAACCAAGUGAGACACAAACUGUGACACAGACAUCUGAUGCUGAUACUAGUUUUACCUCCCCCAUUGAGACUACAGCAAGUGUAGACAGGGUUACAGAAGAAACACAUAUAACUAAUACACUGACUCCAGAUCAUUCAGUUAAACCAAGUGAGACACAAAGUGUGAGACGGGCAGACAAUAUACCUGACAGUACACAGACUCUAGAAGACCAUUCAACACCUGUCACAGUGGAGACAUCAACAAAACAAUUAUCUAGCUUCACAACAUUGGAUACCAAAUCAGUCGAGGCUACAGAAAAACAAACCUCAGAUUUGUCCCCAAGAACCACAUUGCCUGGUAAGCUAAAUACAGAUUUGUCAACCAUAUUUAGCAAGACAAUAGAUACUGACAGCAUUAAAACAUUAUCACCUAAUGAUGAUGUUCAACCUACCCCCAGCAUAGAGACAACAGGAAAUCCAGUUAGGGCUACAGGAGAAACACAUAUAACUAAUGCACUGACUCUAGAUCAUUCAGGUCAACCAAGUGAGACACCAAGUGUGAGACAGGCAGAGAAUAUACCUGACAGUACACAGACUCUAGAAGACCAUUCAACACCUGUCACAGUGGAGACAUCAACAAAACAAUUAUCUAGCUUCACAACGUUGGAUACCAAAUCAGUUGAGGCUACAGAAAAGCAAAGCUCAGAUCUGACCCUGAUAACAACACUGCCUAAUGAAUUAAAUACAGAUUUGUCAACUAUGUUUAGGGAGACUGUAGACAUUGGUAGUAAUAAUACAUUGUCACCUAAUGAUGAUGUUCUAUCUACUCCCAUCAUAGAGACAACAGGCAAUCCAGACAGGGUGACAGGAGAAACACAUACAACGAACACACCAAGCACAGAGCAUUUAGGUCAAACGCGUGAAGCACCAGGUGUUACACAGAAACCUACUGCUGAUAUUAGCUCUACUUCCAGCAUAGAGACUACAAUAAGGGUAGACAGGGUUACAGGAGAAAUACAUAUAACUAAUCCACUCACCCCAGAUCAUUCAGGUCAACCAAGUGAGACACCAAGUGUGAGACAGACAGAGAAUAUACCUGACAGUACAAAGACUCUAGAAGACCAAUCAACAUCUGUUACAGAGGGGACAGUUACAAAAAAAUCGACUAGCUUUACAACAUUGGAUACCAAAUCUGUCGAGGCUACAGAAAAGCAAAGCUCAGAUCUGUCCAUUGUAACCACACCACCUGAAGAGUUGAAAACAGAUUUGUCAACCAUGGUUAGCAAGACUGUAGACACUGGUAGUGAUCAUACAUUAUCAACUAAUGAUGAUGUUCAAUCUACCCCCAUUAUAGAUACAACAGAAAAUCUGGACAGGGUUACAGGAGGAACACAUACAACUAACGCACCAAGCACAGAGCAUUUAGGCCAAACUCGUGAAACACCAGGUGUGACCAAGACACCUAUUGCUGAUAUUAGUUCUUCCUCCACCAUAGAGACUACAGCAAGAGUAGACAGGGUUAAAGGAGAAACACAUACAACUAAUCCACCAAGCACAGGUCAUUCAGUACAACCAAGUGAGACACAAACUGUGGCACAGACAUCUGAUGCUGAUAUUAGUUUUACCUCCCCCAUUGAGACUACAGCAAGUGUAGACAGGGUUAGAGAAGAAACACAUAUAACUAAUACACUGACUCCAGAUCAUUCAGUUAAACCAAGUGAGACACAAAGUGUGAGACGGGCAGACAAUAUACCUGACAGUACACAGACUCUAGAAGACCAUUCAACACCUGUCACAGUGGAGACAUCAACAAAACCAUUAUCUAGCUUCACAACAUUGGAUACCAAAUCAGUCGAGGCUACAGAAAAACAAACCUCAGAUUUGUCCCCAAGAACCACAUUGCCUGGUAAGCUAAAUACAGAUUUGUCAACCAUAUUUAGCAAGACAAUAGAUACUGACAGCAUUAAAACAUUAUCACCUAAUGAUGAUGUUCAACCUACCUCCACAUAGAGACAACAGGAAAUCCAGUUAGGGCUACAGGAGAAACACAUAUAACUAAUGCACUGACUCUAGAUCAUUCAGGUCAACCAAGUGAGACACCAAGCGUGAGACAGGCAGAGAAUAUACCUGACAGUACACAGACUCUAGAAGACCAUUCAACACCUGUCACAGUGGAGACAUCAACAAAACAAUUAUCUAGUUUCACAACAUUGGAUACCAAAUCAGUCGAGGCUAUAGAAAAACAAACCUCAGAUCUGACCCUGAUGACAACACUGCCUAAUGAAUUAAAUACAGAUUUGUCAACUAUGUUUAGGGAGACUGUAGACAUUGGUAGUAAUAAUACAUUGUCACCUAAUGAUGAUGUUCUAUCUACUCCCAUCAUAGAGACAACAGAAAAUCUGGACAGGGUUACAGGAGGAACACAUACAACGAACACACCAAGCACAGAGCAUUUAGGCCAAACUCGUGAAACACCAGGUGUGACCAAGACACAUACUGCUGAUAUUAGUUCUACCACCACCAUAGAGACUACAGCAAGGGUAGACAGGGUUACAGGAGAAGCACAUAUAACUGAUCCACUGACCACGGAUCAUUCAGGUCAAACCAGUGUGAGACAGACAGAGAAUAUACCUGAAAGAACACAGAUUUUAGAAGACCAUUCAACAUCUGUCACAGUUGGAACAAUUGCAACAACCAUUUUUAGCAAGAUUAUAGAUUCUGACAACAUUACAACAUUAUCACCUAUUGAUGAUCCUAAUUCUAUCUCCACCAUAGAGACUCUAGUAAAUACAGACAGACUUACAGGAGAAACACAUAAGACAUAUGCACUGAGCACAGAUCAUCCAGGUCAACCAAGUGAGAUACCAAGCGUGAGACAGACAGAGAAUAUACCUGACAGUACAAAGACUCUAGAAGACCUUUCAACACUUGUCACUGUGGGGACAAGUACAAAAUCAUUGCAUAGCUUCACUAUAUUGGAUACCAAAUCAAUUAUGGCCACAGAAAAUCAAAGCUCAGAUCCGUCCCCAAUAACAUCAUUGCCUGAUAAAUUAAGUACAGAUUUGUCAACCAUAUUUAGCAAGACUACAGAAAGGGGAGAAACACAUACAAUUGAGACAGCAAGUGUGAGACAAGCAGAAAAUAUAACUGGAGCUUCAAAGACUGUAAAUGAAAAUUCAACAACCAUCAAGGUGGAAACCAUUACAAAAAAAAUCUCUAGUUUUACAACACUAGAUACCAAAUCCCUUGAGACAGUAACAAAGCAUAGCUCAUAUCAGUCUUCAAUUACUUCAUUGCCUACAGACCAAAAUAGAGAAUUCUCAGCCAGGGUUAGUGAGGCUGUAGUUUCUGGUAUUGAUACUACAUUAUCACCUACUCAUGGUAUUAGUUCUGCCUCCACCAAAGAGUCUACAGUAAGUCCAGACAUUGUUACAGGAGAGCCAAAUCCAACUGAUGUUCUGAGUCAAGAAAUGUCAGGCUAUACUGCAAAAAGGACUGAACAUACUACAGUGGUGUCAGAUGCCACUAGUGAUAGUACAGAAUACUCCACUACACUUAAUGAUGUAAGAGUGAUAAUAACCACUCUAGAAACUUUUCAUUCACCUACAAUAUUGGCUACAAAAAAAUCGCAACAGCCUCUUUUGACACAAGCUACUGAACAGCUAUCUAAGCUUUCUUCAUCUGAAGCAUAUAGCAAAACAAAUCUAACCACUGUUGAUACCAGCCAUGGCAAUUCAAGAACAAGUGUAGUUUUAUACGAUCCCAAUUCAACCAUUGUUACAGGAAACCUGGAUAUACCUAUAAUAACACAACUACCUAUAAUCACUAUAAUGAAGGAUGCAGAUAAUUCAAAUAGUUCCACCAUUUCUUCAACACUGGACACACAUGCAGACAUACAGGGUACACCAAAAUAUGAUGUAGAGCAAUUAAAUGAAGUUGAUACACCCCAAGAUAUAAAUGAAAAUAGCUCAACACCCACUGCAGUUAGCGUUAGCAAUGAAACUGUGGUACCUGAUGUCCUUGGCUCCCUCCCUUCUUUUGUGUCUAGUAAAGGACCUGGCAUAGAUAGUUCUAAAAUAGUACAUACAGAACAACCCAACCUUCUAAAAAUUUAUGAAACUGUAAGUCCAUUGUUAACAAUAAUCUCAGAAGUGAAUAGUACAGAGAAUUUCCUAGGUACCGCAACAGAAAGGGUACCUGAUUUGCUGAGUUCUAGAAGUACUAGUCCAAAGGAAACCAUUAACACUACCCAGGAGCCAAAAAGUGAUAGGGUAAGUGAAGGAAUGGUUUCAGAAGGUACUGAUAGUACAAUACAGACUGACCAAAAAGAAGAAAAAACAACUACAGUAACUGGGAAAACAAGUCCAUAUUUUGGAGAAAGGACAACACAAUCAAGAGAUAGCAGUGAACCAUUUACCUGGAAGCCAAGUAUACUGUAUCCAACAGAGGCAUCAGGAACAAAUACAGAGCAGGCACUGCUUGCAGAUGUUACCCAUGCAAGAAAGUUCAGCUUUGGCACCUCUACAACAAUUGUUGCUAAAGAGGAUAUUGUGUCUACAAUAAUGGCUGAGGAACCUUUUAGUUCUGUUUUGGAUGAAAGUAUCAGUAAAAAUCAAUCUGCAUUUGUCAAAGAGAAUGUAGAGGACAUUCAGAGAAUGGAGACAGAUGAUAUUGGCCUCCAGACCACCUUGGUUACAAGUAAAAAACAACACAAUUUUCCUUCAGUCACCAUGGGCAUGAGAACAGAGCUGAUGUUGAGUUCACAUGCUGUAAAACAUGAUGCAGAAAAAUCAACUAUACCUAAUAUAAUCUCCCAUGGAUUAACUAAAUACUCACCCCUAACUGAUGGUGAUUUAUCUACUGCCAUUAUCAGUGAUACAGAUCAUUCAACAUUAAGGUAUCCAGGAAAACCAGACCCAUCUCCCGUGGAUUCUGAGUUAAUAAGCAAAAGUAGCAAAGAAUCUUCAGUUACUAAUGCAAUAACCACAGAGGGUGUAUCUUCAGCUAGUGCACAAACCGAAAAAGACCAGAUGUUAAAUGUACAUAUUAACACUGGAAUAAACAGAAUAUGCCCGACAACUGUGAGAGAGAAGGGAAGUAUAAGCAAGACACUAACAAUUCUUCUUAGAACAUUAGGUCCAAAGCAGUUUGCUAGUUCUAAUACAAGGGCAGAUGUGUACUUACCUUUUGUAAAUAUCUCAAGUACACAAUCCCCAAUUUUAGUGAGUGGUGAGCAGGAUUCCGGUGUAAUCGAAUUAGAAAAUGUAACUUCAAUAAAUAAUGGUAAUUAUGUAGAAAGUAUGAAAGAUGUGACAGCUGAAACACUGAAUAAUUUACAUACAAAUUCUUUUGAUUUUACAGCGAGCACAUUGGCCCCUGUCCAGGAACAAAGUACCAAAGACCUUAAAUCAUAUGGUAAUAGUCAAACAACAAAUUCUCAAGGAUUACAGGAAACUACAAACACAAGGUUAAGUGAUAUUAUUUCAACAGGACCAACAAAAGACCCAACUUCUAGUUUUAAUAAAAGUACCUCCCCAUCACCAACUAAUGUAGGGCCCACUACAGUUAAGGCAGUUGAACAUAAACAUAAUCUAUCUGGGGAAAGUACAACUACGAUAUCUGUUGGAACAGAAACAAAAAUGCCAGACAUAUCAAGCACUCCAGUGGAAAGUAUUGAAAUCAGGUUGAGUACUCAAAUGACCAAUGAAAAUACAUCACCAACUGCAGGAACAAAAAUUGAUACCACCACAAAGUCUGCUGGUGACACCCCAUCUUCAGCUUCUGUGCAGACAAAGGAGACAGUAACCCUAAUGGAUGGCGAUAUGGGUAAAACUUCCACUGUCAUAAAUUUCGAUGAAUCUCAAAAAUCCACAAUCAAACCAUCUGUAAGCCAUCAAGAAAGAACAACAUCCACUGAUGAGUCUCUGAAAUACACUACAAGACAACCUGAAAAGGAUCUCAAUCUUUUACCCAAGACUACAAUAAAACCCAAGAUCGAUAUGGAACAAAGAAUAACCACAACUCAAAAACCAGAAGGAGCAACAACAAAGGAUAUCUUUAACUUUACUCCAAAAGAUAACAUGUUUACCAAGUCUUCAUCUACGAAUAUGCCUCAAUAUGGUCAAACACACAUGACCACAAAAUCACCUAUACUGUCACAAAGUACAAACCCACCUGGUAAAGAAGAUUCCAUUACACAAAAGCCUAGGAGUUACAUUACAGCCAGACCAAUUGGCAUUGAAGAAAUUGAAAAUAAGAAUGAAACCAACUAUCCCUUGCCCAUUGACCCAUUUCACAUCUGUGAUUUGCUAAAGGAUCCAGAAAACAAGAUAAAAAUAUCAGAGAUUGAUCUCCAGCGCUUGACACAAGUAUGCAUUGAAAUGAGACGACCAGUAAGUACACCAUCAUCAGAGACAAGGCAGCCUGGUUCUGACCAGAUUAAAGUACCCUCACAUCACACAAUAACCACUAUCCUACAGCCCAAAUGGAAUCAGCCACCAGGAUCAAGAUUCAUACAGCUUAUUGAGGAAAUAAAAAGGAGGGCAAAUAUACCUCAAACUCCAAAUUUAAUAGGAGUCCCAGGCCUAUACACAAAUAAAUCAACAGCAUGGUUGUUGCUACUUAAUAAGUUCAGGAGUCCAAAUGGUAAGUAAGCAAUAUUGAAUCUAUAUCUAUAUAUUGUUCAGUAGGGGAGUAAGAAUUAAAAUAAGCAUUAUGGGCAAUAGCCAGCAAUGUGUUAACUCAUUUGUGGCCCAAGGAGGAGUUGGACAUUUUCUUAAAUUACCAUAUGUUGGCUGUAUGCCGAUACAUGCUCUAAUUUUCUAGAACGAGUAAUUGAGAAAUAUGCAUCAGUUUUUCCAGUAACUGACAGGAAACAUAAAAGGUGAUGAUAUUUUGCAGGAAUGCAUUAGAACAUAUAGAUAAAUAAAUUUAUUCAAGUCAAUAGUAGCCCUGACUAAUGGCUCACUAGAAAAUAUUUAUUUAUUAUAACCAAACUCUAAGGUCUAGAACAUACUUGAAAAUAUUACUGCUAAACUUAUGUAAUACAUUCUUAAGGAAGUGAGACGUACAUUUUUGAAACUCAAAUAAAUAAUCCAAUAAAUAGCAUGUGGAUUGAAACAUUAGGCAUGUUAUCUCAAUAAUAAAAUAUUGAGUUAGUCACACUACACCAGGAGUUAGAAGCUUGGGGAAAAAAGCUGAUUUCUUUAUUUAUUUAUUUUUAUUUGGGCUUUUCUGGCCUUAAAUAUCUUAUUCCUUUGUCAAUGAUCUACAAUUUUUAUUAGUCAGCAUAAAUACUUAACUGAUAUUUACUUUUUAUUUGUAUUUUUUUUUUUGUAUAUAUUUUUUUUUAACUCUGAUAUUUAUAUAAGUAAGCUCAUAUCAGAAAAUGUACACUGAAUUAAAUACCAAUUCAUUUCCCAACUUUAAGUACUAAGAAAUAUUUAAUCAUUUCCCAACACUUUGCUAUAGACCCACAGAUGAACUUGUGCAUUGGACCUCCAGCAGAUGGCAUGACAACCCUCCAGAAUGGUUCGAUGGUUGUAUUCCGAGGUAAGAUUGUGCUUUCUGUUACUUUGCAACAAGAUCAGAGAAAGGAAACAUGCAUAUUUUGGUACAUGUAGGGCCUAUUGUAGGCAAUUAUGUAAGGAAAAUGUAUUCAUAGUUACUGUAAUUUUCUUCUCUGGCUAUUUCAUAUAUUUAUGUAUCGGUAUAUACAUAUACUUUUGGGUUAGUUCAUUCCCUUCUGAGAAUAAACUUAAAAAGGGGUCCAGCUCAUGUGAUCACCAGUCUAGUCACCAAGCUCUGAAGACCAUCUAAAAGGAAAUACAUGGGAAGGAAACUAUAUGCAGCAUAUACUUAUGGGGAGUAUCCAGGCUGUCCAGGGCUCUGGAAAUGAGGGCUUUGGCAACAUCCUGGGUGCUGUUUUUAAUGGGAAAGACUAAGCUUGAAAUGGUUCUCAUUGCUUGGAGGAAGCAAAAAAAAACAUGGUAAUAAGCAACUCCUAGAUCUAUUGGGACUGGAUGAAUGGAGGGAUGUUUUUUUUUUUUUUUUUAGAAAUCCCAUCCAAAUUCCUAUAUUCAAAAGAGUGUUGAGAGAAGAGUGACCCAGUAAAGGAUUAUAGGUGGGCAUAUGCAAAUUAGCUCAAUAAGGAAUCACAUUUUUGCCUCAUUCAAUUUUAACAUGGAUUCCUUACAGUCUGUGUUUUCUGUAUACAACAGCUUUGAAACACAACUCAGGAAAAGAUGCAAAGCCGGUGAACCACUCAUGGACAGCAGUUUCAAUUGUUAAUGCAAAUCAUCAGCAUGAGGUUGGUUACUGGCUUGCUAUUGAGGCUUGGCAGUACUUGCGAAGCAAAAACCAAGUGUAGCGGUACUUACCCUCUCCGAGGUCCUCUGUUCCCGCCGUGCGCGGUCCUUCAUCUGCACGAGCUGCACGCGGCUCGUCCGACGGGGUUUACAGGAAGGCGGGCACUGACCGCAAGACACGGUACACUUGUACCAGACACAUCUACCAUGCCUAAUGCUUCUGCACAUCUAACCACUCCACCUAGGUAUGGAGGGGAUGCUAAGACAUGCAGGGGAUUCCUUAAUCAAGUGGAAUUCCACUUUGAAAUGUAUCCACGUUCAUUUCACACUGAUAGGUCUAAGGUUGGUUUCCUUAUGCACCAACUUACAGAUAAAGCACUUGAGUGGGUAAAUCCUAUUUGGGAGGCUAAUGGACCAAUGGUGCAUGAUUUCAGUAGCUUCCUUAUGGCUUUUCGUAGAACCUUUGACACAACUAAAAGGUUGAAGAAUGCCGCCAGGGCGUUAAUGAGAAUUAAACAGGGAUCUAAGUCUGUUGCCGAUUAUGCUAUUCAGUUCCGUACCCUUGCUUCACAGGUAGAUUGGACCAACAAUGGGCUGACUACUGCGUGCAUGGAAGGUCUAUCUGAAUCUAUAUUGGAUGAGGUAGCGGCCUUCCUAUACCCUUAGAAGAUCUCAUCGACUAUCUCAUCGAUAUAGACAAUAGGAUUCGUGCCAGGCUAUAUACCAAGACUAGGAAUAGACGCCUUGUUACACUUAAUACUCCUAGAGUUGCUAAUCCUGAGGGUUCCAAAGUAUCAGAGGAGGAGCCCAGGCAAUUAGGGGUUGCUGAACUCUCUGAUGCUGAAAAAUUGUAUAGGAGAAAGGAGGGACUUUGCCUGUACUGUGGUAGGAAGGGCCAUAUGCGACAGGAAUGUCCCGUGCGUCCGGAAAACUAUCGCACCUAAGACCGUAUAGGGGACUGGCCUUGGGUGUGACAUCUGAGUCCCCACAUUUACCUAUUAACAGAUUGCUUCUCUCUGUCUCCCUGCAUCUUGAAAAAAAUAGCAUAGCAGGGAACAUACUAGCCCUGGUUGAUUCUGGUGCGGCCGAGAACUUCAUAGAUUCUGGCUUUGUUAAAAAACACAACAUACCCAUUAGAAAGAAGAAGACACCCUUGGCCGUUGAGGCCAUAGAUGGUAGACCAUUAUGCUCCCCAGUUAUCACACAUGAAACUGAACCGUUGCAUAUGUCUACAGGGUUGUUACAUUCAGAAACCAUUCGGUUUCAGAUCAUCACUUCUCCUUCCUCUCACAUCGUGUUAGGGUACCCAUGGUUGCUUUCUCAUAAUCCCACUUUUGACUGAGAGUCAGGACAAAUAGUAUCUUGGAGUGAUUCUUGCCAAGAGUCUUGUAUCAUUAAAAUCACCCCUUUGAAUUCUAUUAACGUUCCUACUACUCCUCCUUUGUCUACUGUUAUACCACCUCAGUACAUUCUCUUAAAUCUGUCUUCGAUAAAAGGGAGGCUGAAAAGUUACCGCCUCACAGACCCUACGAUUGUGCUAUUGAUUUGUUACCUGGCGCUAUACCUAAUAAAGGGAGGGUGUAUCCUUUGUCUCCUUAAGAAAACCUUGUCAUGGAGGAAUAUAUCAAAGAAUCUUUACAAAAGGGGUUUAUAAGGAGAUCCUCUUCUCCGGCAGGGGCUGGUUUCUUCUUUGUGUAGAAGAAGGAGGGCGAUUUAAGACCCUAUAUCGACUAUAGUGGCCUUAAUAAAAUCACCAUAAAAAAUACUUACCCUAUACCUUUAAUCACAGAAUUAUUUGACAGGCUUAAACAAGCUACUGUGUUUACUAAACUGGACCAUAGGGGUGCAUACAAUCUUAUACGUAUAAAAAAGGACCAUGAAUGGAAAACUGCAUUCAAUACUAGGAGUGGUCAUUACGAAUACACUGUGAUGCCCUUUGGUCUUUGUAAUGCCCCAGCAGUGUUUCAAGAGUUUAUUAAUGAUGUCUUACGAGAGUACAUUCGCACAUUUGUAAUAGUGUACUUGGACGACAUAUUAAUAUAUUCACCUGAUUUGCAUACUCAUCACAUGCAUGUUAAAUUAGUUUUGAAAAUCCUUCUUGUUAAUAUUCUCGAUUGUAAACUCGAAAAAUGUUUGUUUGAUCAAUCCAAAGUCCAGUUCUUUGGGUAUCUAAUUUCUGCUAAGGGUUUUCGUAUGGAUCUCAGGAAGCUUUCUGCUGUCAUAGAAUGGCCUCUACCUCAGGGUUUGAAAGCCAUUCAGUGUUUUCUUGGUUUUUCUAACUAUUACAGACGCUUUAUUAAAGUUUUUUUCUUCCAUUGUAGCGCCUAUAAUCCGAAUGACUAAAAGGGAUGGUAAUACUCAUGUCUGGACCCCGGAAGCACUUGAGGCUUUUGAAUUUCUUAAGACUGCAUUCGCUUAUGCUCCUAUUUUACAGCAUCCUGUCUCUUCUUUGCCUUUUAUUCUUGAAGAUGAUGCUUCAAAUAUUGGGGUGGGUGCUGUCUUGUCUCAAAGGGAAUCACCAGAGAAGCCAUUACAUCCUUGUGGUUUCUUUUCCAAGCUGAUGUCCAAGGCCGAAAAGAAUUAUGACAUAGCCAAUCGAGAACUCCUUGCAAUUGUUGUAGCACUUAAGGAAUGGAGACAUUUUUUGGAGGGUACUAAGUAUCCCAUCCUUAUACUUACUGAUCAUAAAAACCUUUCCUACCUUAGUGAAGCCAAGAGAUUGUCUUCUAGGCAGGCCACGUGGUCACUGUUUUUACCUCGCUUCAAUUAUAUCAUCACCUACAGACUAGGUGAUCGUAACACUAAAGCUGACGCUCUGUCCAGACAAUUCGAAACUACCGACAAACAAGACUUUGAUGAUACCCCUGUCAUUCCCCCGGACAGAAUAAUAGCUACUACUGUUCUCUCUAUUUCUUCAUCCCUCUUGCAAGUCAUACAGGCUAAACAAAACAAGGCACCUAGAGAGAGACCUGCUGAUAAAUUGUUCGUCAAUGUUCCUGAAAGACAGGAAAUUAUGUCACUCUAUCAUGACACCAAAACUGCUGGGCAUCCUGGUAUUACUAAAACCUUAACAGCAGCUUCUAGAUAUUUCUGGUGGGCUUCCUUACGCAAGGACAUCACCGAUUACGUACGGGCAUGUGUUACUUGUGCCAGUAUGAGGUCUUCUCAUAGAGUUCCUUGUGUGGUUGUUGCACCCUCUCUUGUCUCUUGUCAAAUUGCCCUCAUCCAAGGAACUUGCUUCUAUCUUCGCCAGGGAGGUGUUUCGGUUACACAGUAUACCAGAGUCUAUAGUGUCCGAUAGGGAUAGCCAGUUUAUUUCCAGGUUCUGGAAAGCCUUUUGUUCGGAGAUGGGCAUUUCUCUCUCAUUUUCCUCCGCUUUAAUCCCCAGUCUAAUGGAGCUGCUGAACGUGCCAACCAAUCCCUAUAGCAGUAUCUUCGUUGUUUCGUAUCCCACCAUCAGAACACCUGGGCUGACCUGCAUCUUUGGGCUGAGUUUGCUCGUAAUAACACUGCUCAUGAAUCUUCCAGUAAUAGCCCUUUCUACGUUGUUUAUGGCCAGCAUCCUGUUGUUCUUCCAGCUGCAUUCUCCUUACAGGGCAUGCCAGUUGUGGAUGUGCAUUUGGCUGGUUUACGUACUACCUGGGAGCAGGUUCAGCGUUCUUUUGUGGACUCUGCUGCUCGCCAAAAGGUUCAGGUUGACAAACAUCGCAGGGCGGCUCCAUCCUAUGUUGUGGAGAAAAGGGUUUGGCUUUCCACUUGCAAUAUCCGCCUUUGUGUGCCUUCUAUGAAGCUGGCUCCCCGUUUUAUCGGUCCUUUUCGUAUCUUACAUAAAAUUAAUCCUGUUUCAUAUGCCUUAGAUCUUUCUAGGAACCUGCGUAUUCUUAACGUCUUUCACACCUCCUUGUUGAAGCCACUUCUGUUUAACCGUUAUAACGUUAUAACCGUUCCUCCUCCUCCUCCUCCUGUUUCUGUGGAGGGACAUGAGGAAUUCGAGGUGGCUGCUGUGCUUGACUCUCGUUUUCUCCGGGGUUGCCUCCAGUACCUGGUGCAUUGGAAGGGAUAUGGGCCUGAGAAACGCAGUUGGAUUUCCGCUAACGCUGUUCACGCUCCUUGCCUUCUGCGCUCCUUCCACUCUCCUCUGUUCCCGCCACGUGCGGUCCUGCAUCUACACGAGUCGCGCGCGGCUCGUCCGACGGAGUUACAGGAAGGUGGUCAUGUGCCCCGUCUGGCUCUAAGAGCGCUCUUAAAGGGACAGUGGGAGCCGAAAUGUGAAACGGUCUCCCAUUGGCCCAUGUCAUUCCACAUUCCCCUUACACUCACGUUUUGGGGGCGUGGAUAUGACAGGGGCCAAUCAAAUUGAACACUAGGGUAUUUAUACUCACCUUUCCCUUAGCUCUCUGCCCUAUCGUGGUUUCUGAUUCAGUUCCCUUUAGUGCUUGUAUCGUUCAGUAGUGGUUUUUUCAUGCUUGACCUUGGCUUUGUAUCUGACUCCGUUUUUCUCUUUAUCCCUGCUUUGUCUUGUUUGCCGGCUUCCUGACUCCUGUGUACCAGACCUUGGCUAGUUCUUGUUUUAGCUGUCUCUCUGUUCCUUUGACCUCGGCUUGUUCCUGACUCUGUCACUUCUCUGUUUUACGUUGAGUCCGGCCAUUCUAAGGCCCAGUAAGACGUAUCUGCUUUAUCUUGUCUCUUGUUGGACUAAAUCUUGCGUGUUGGGGUACACUACCGUGACACCAAGAAAGUUAUGGUAAGGAAAAAUUGUGAUUGAAAAUCCCUUCCACCUGAAGUCUGUGGAUAGUCAAUACAAUGUAAAACAAAGAUCUGCACACCAGUCAAUCCAGAAGACUUGCUUUUUUCCACAGAAAUCACAUAAUUGCAGCGAUGUUACUACCGUAAAGGAUAUAUAUAUAUAUAUAUAUAUAUAUAUAUAUAUAUAUAUAAAGCAUAAUUUCAUAUCAGGUAAUUAUAAAAGCAGCAGUAGUCCUUCAAAAUGUUUGGGCUGAAUUAAAAUAUUUUUGGUAGAGACCCAUAGUUUGAACACGGCAUUAGCUUGGUGACCUAGUCUUUAAAUGAUAAGCUCAAUUACCAGCUAUUUUUAAUAUAUUGAACAGUUUUCAGAAAAAUCUGUGACUCCUGGGCUACUAACCUCAAGAAGGAAAACAGACAAAUUGCAAUGGUUAUUUUGGAUCUCUUUAGGUCAUUAUUUCUGGAUGCUAAACCAGGGAGGAGUUACAGAGAAACCUCGCAAAAUCAGCGAGGUAUGGGGCAUUCCUUCUCCAAUUGAUACAGUGUUCACUCGAUGUAACUGUGGUGGCAAGACUUUCUUUUUUAAGGUAAGAUUUAAAAAGGAAUACAAUUUAAAUUGAAACAUUAUAAAGAUAAACAUCUAAAUUUAAUUUGGAAACUUAAGAGAUGGGACAGGGUAAGAACCAAUAAAAAAAAAUUUUUUUUUAAAAACAGGUUUUGAAGCGGGAACUAGGAAGGUACCAUAAAAUGUCAAAUAAAGAAACAAACAGUGAGAGGCCAUAUUACAUGAGUGGGAAAAUACUUCAGGUUAUUUAAAUUAGUCUUUAUAGCUCUUUAAUCUUCUGUUAACUUUUAUACAGUAACCACAGAGGUGUAAGUGGUUGUUUUAAAAAUAAGACCUACAACAUGUAUACAAUUAACCAGCUUGAUUCAUCCCCUAGUGACUUUAUCAAGAAGAUAAACACAAAAUCUGUAAACUAUUGUCCCAGAAUUGUAUCUACUAUGUAUGGUACUGAUAUUUUGGAUAAAGAAAUAUCAGUACAUUUGAAUUUUAGUACCUAUCGGGGGAAAUAACAAAUGAUUGUCAAUUAGUAAUGUUUUCAAUGGAACAAAUUUGGGAUUGACUGUCCUUUGGAGGCUGACAAUAGUGAGUACAAGAUUAUUUCGCCUGCUUUAUAUAUUUGAGAAUGUUAUUAUAUUGGACAUAUGCUACAGUAUCUGCUCAGGAGUGGGGUGGAUUUCCUUUAGUUGGUUUUUACUAAAAGCAUUUUGAAUGGCAAAUCUAAAGAUCUAAUAAUGUUUGCACCUACGAAAUCUGUAACGAACAUGGUCCUAAAAAUUCAGUCUUCACUACCCAGCAAAUACAAAAUCUUAAACAGCAAGUUCUAAAUACUAUAUCCUUUAAUGCUCAGUCAAAGAACCUUCCCACUCCCUUCACCCUUGAGGAAUUGGAUGGUAGUUUUACAAUUGUGUCCCGUGUAUUUUGCUUACUGUUGGGUUUUGUCUCAGGUUGAAUAACUGCCAUUAACACUUCAGUUCAGUGUCACUUGGUGAUUUAUUCCAAAUCACUUUGAACUUGUUACUGCAUUGUGGCAUUGGCAUCAGAGCUUAUACAUAUGUAGUAGGGCAAAUUAUACUGGCAAAUUCCUAGAUUGGAAUAACUGAGGCCAGCUAUGAUUAUUAGCUAAUAGCAUUGCGGUGACGUGGGCUACGUGCUUCAGAAGCAAAGUUCUAGUGAGCGUAUCUUUUGUACAUGAUGUGGAUGAUGAUCUCUUGAGCAUUAUUUCUCUGUGUCAAAUGGGUUGUCCCCUUUAAUUUGCCAAUAGGGUCCAAAUUACUGGCGUUUCACCAAUGAUGCUAUGGAUCCUGGAUAUCCAAAACAAAUUAUUAAAGGGUUUGGAGGACUUAAAGGUAAAAUAACUGCAGUGCUAUCAGUGGCUGGAGUCAAAACAAGGCCAGAGUCAGUCUAUUUCUUCAAAAACGGUAUGUUCUGUUCUUUUUCUUUUAAUAAGUAAUGGCUAUAAAUGCUAUUAUACCAAUGUCUUAAUGCGCAUUUCAUGAUAACAAUACUUAUUCAUGUUCUCUUCUUUGCAUUACUUCACCACUUUUCUCUCAUCUGAAAUAAUUCACUCUUAGAUGUUCCGAGUUAACUUACUUUAGAUUCUCUCCUCUGCCUGGCUUCAUAUUAAAAUAAUAAUAACCAAUUUUCUUUUAUCAGGUGGGAAUGUUCAGAAGUACACAUAUCGCCAGGAACAGACUAAAAAAUGUUCCAAAAGAAAUCGUCCAGCAGUCCAAUACCCAAUUAAUGCACAGAACAUACAAACAGUGAAAUAUCGCUUUCCUCGGCAAAUCAUAAGACAACGGAUACAGAUACACAGAACUCUCACAAAUGUCAAGCAAGCACCUUUGGGUACAGCUAUCAAAUAAAUUAAUAUAAGAUGGAAAUGCUUGUCCUUGCAUAUUCUCAGAUAUUGUUCUCAUACCAAUCAGUGAUAUUGAGUUUACCCACCCAAAGCUGGACAAUUGAUUGUUCAAGAGGACAAUCUCAAGGAACAUUAUAGGCUUCAUCCUGUGACAUGUCUAGCCGAGGGAUGAGAUUCAAAGAACACUAUAGCUUUAGGAAUGCAAACAUGUAUAUCUAAUGCUGCAGUGUUAGCCUACCUGUUAAGGUCCCCAAAACUAAAAAAAAAAGGAUAUUACUCAGCUUAUUUACUCUGGUGCGUUGGUCUCACACCACUGGCUGAUAUUAUUAUUACUGAUGAUCUCAGCCUAUCCAAUGUAUCCUCAUUGGGAAAAUAGUACACAUACACAGCAACCGCUAUGCUGCGACCAAUCAGCAUCUCCUCAUAGAAAUGCAUGGAGUCAAAAGUGCAGCGUUUAAAUGACUGUCCUCAUGAGUGGCUGUCAAAGUGACAGCCACUAGAGGGGGUAUUAUAUAGCCUGUUACACUGCUGAGCCAGGGUAUACGCACCAGAAUCACUUCAUUAAGAUGUGUUUGUUCAGGUGCCUUUAGUGCAUCUUUAAAACUACAGUGAAUUUUGUUAACUGCUGCAAUUAUAAGACACUGUGCACAGAGACAGAGGACUUUCAUGUACCAUAAUCUAUUUAAAGGACCACUAUAGGCAUCCAGACCACUUCAGCUCAAUGAAGUGGUCUGGGUGCGAGGUCCAUCUAGUGUUAACCCUGCAGUUGUAAACAUAGCAGUUUCAGAGAAACUGCUAGGUUUACACUACGGUUAAUCCAGCCUCUAGUGGCUGUCUCACUGAUAGCCGCUAGAGGUGUUUCCGCGCUUCUCACUGUGAAAAUCACAGUGAGAAGACGCUGGAUGUCCAUAGGAAAGCAUUGAGAAAUGCUUUCCUAUGGACUGUUUGAAUGUGCGUGCGGUUCAUGCCACGCAUGCACAUUCUGCACUGACGUCGGGAGAAGAAGGAGAGUUCCCCAGCACCGAGGGAGCCCGGCACUGGAGAAAGGUAAGUGUUUAACUCCUUCAGCCUGGCGGGAGGGGGGCCAUGAGGGUGGGGGGGACCUAAAGACCCUAUAGUGCCAGGAAAACAAGUUUAUUUUCCUGGCACUAUAGUGGUCCUUUAAAGAAAAUAAGAAGGUCCAUUUAAACCACAAAGAAACAGAGUCUGCAAAUUUCAUUUAUAGAUAUGUUUGCACCCUGGAUUACUUCCAGAUUUCUGUAAAAAAAAAAAAAAAAAGUCCACUUCUUGUGAUUCUCAGCUUAACUGGAAACAUACAAAAUAUUACUAAUUUUCAUCUGUUCAUAAAAAUAUAUCAGACUCUGUAAUGCUAUGACUCUACCAGGGCUCAAGAUUUCCACUAACCCACGAGACAUUGACCAGUUAAAGUUCAGCCCUAGUGAGUGAGCCAUGGAAUCUCCAGGCUUGCAGUAUAGACUAACUUUUCUGCCUGAGUAUGAUUUGAAAUUUUGAGCAUUGACUAUACAAUCGCUGUAGUGUUGAUACUCAAUGUGAAAUGUACUUAUCCAGGUGUUCUUCAUGAAGAGGUUUCUGUUCGUUCCACUUGGCGAGGGAUUCCAAACAACAUUGUUUCUGCUGUGUCUUUGCCAAAUCCUCAAAAGCAGGAUGGAUUUGAUUAUUACGUCUUCUCAAAAGGUAAGUUACUUUGCACAUUCAUAUUGAACAAAAUAUAUAUUUUUUUCAGUUCAGCAGUUUGGGUAAUCUUAGGUCUUCAUAUUGCAAAUAGUGUGACUGCUUUGGUGGUGAUGGUAUUGGCAGAUGGUAUUGUAAUGCCGUAUUGCUCCUUUCUCUGCAUACUGCAGAUGACUUCUAGUCUUCUCAAAGCUUUCAGAAAUUAUCAGCUUUCAACAAGAGGGUAGGACAAACACCAGAAAAAAAUAAUUAUGCAAAUUGGAGUAAAACAGAUACCACCUGCAAUUAGUUUUUUAAAAUAUUUUUUAAAGUACUAAAUAAAAAAGUUUUAAAAGAUUAUGGAAAGGGGUGCAUCAAAACAUAUUAUAUUUAACUGGCCCACAAAUAAAUUUAAUUUUGUAUUAACUAUAUUUUAGUUAUCAUCAAGACAUCACCAGUUAUAGAAUCAUGACUAAAUCACCAGUCCUUAUCAUGGAAAGGCAACCCACUGGCCCCAAAACAUAGAUGUGUGAUGGGAAAUGCAUUUAACCCUCCUGUUGAAUAAUCCUAGACACUGCAGUAUUAUUAAAUACGGUGCAGGCAGUCAGAGACAGACCAUAGGUGAAUUUGGCCUAUACCAGUGAUGGCUAAACUUGACACCAUAAAUUGUUUCUGGACUACAUUUCCCAUGAUGCUCAGCUAGCUUUUAAGCUAGCUGAGCAUCAUGGGUAAUGUAGUCCAGAAACAAUUUAUGGUGUCAAGGUUAGCCAUCGCUGGCCUAUACCAUUCUUGUUUAGUUUUGGUGGACAGGACUGACAUUGUUAUUCAUUUAAAUAUUUACUAAAUCUGUAAUCCAUGGAUAUAGUGCAGAACCUAGGUACUAGGCUAUUUAUAUGUAUUCCGAUCUAUAAUUAAUUGGUUUAGGAGCAACUUUCAGUUCUUUUGUUUGUUUUGCCAUAACUCUUGCCACAUACGCUAAACUGAUCUAGUUCUAGGAUUUAUGUCAAUUAUUGUUUCCACUAGGAUUAUCAUGCAAUAUUAAAAAAAAAACUAGGUUCAUAAUAACAGGAGAGAAUAGAUAACAUUCUUACAAAAAUGUUUAAAUAUAUUUGUAGUAACUUUUCCUUUUCUUUCACCCUCAGAAAAAUACUAUAACAUAAACAUGUCCAGCAAAGUAGCAGUGAAAAUGCCUGCUCAGUCUGAACAGAAAACGACAAAGGAUUGGUAUAAGUGCAAGGAAUGA